AGUGGGUCUGCGCGUCCCACGUAGAGGAGGGUUUUCCGGUUAAAGUUUCCUUUGUGAUUCGGAAGUGGUGGUGUGAUGCCAAAGCCGUUUAUCAGUACUGACACAUCAAACAAGUGGCGACCAUGAAAAGUAAGCAUGUAAAUGAAGUAGCUCGUUUAUCUAUGAUUGAUAAGAAGUGUUUACAGCUAGCUCGCUGUCCGGCUUAUGGCUGGCACAUAUAGCAUGCUAACAUUGGCUAGCUAAAGGAGUGACUGUCUGGAGUAUAUGAGGUGGUCAAACCGAUUUAUAAACGUCACCUGUGCCAGAAAUAAGUACCUCAUCUUGUAUAUGUUAACCUCAUAUAUUUACUGUGUCGUUUGUGUUUGGUUUUACGAAGGGUUUUUAUUUAAUUUGCGUGUAGAUUGUUCAGGUGAACUCCCACCCAGACAAGCUAACAAUAGCUUAGCGUGUCUGUGUUUUGGACAGUGACAGCUGCAGGCUGCUCCCUCAUGACAUCCGUGGAAAGACCUCCUGUAGUAUGCACUUUGUCCAGACUUAAUUUUUAUUCUUUUUUACAUGUUUUAUACCACCAUGGCCAACCUGCACGUGCCCAGGUUAGACCUAGACAUGUACUGCAGUUAAGCAUCAUAAUCCGCAGGGCUGUGGACCAGAAUGGACAUCAGGGUUUGGCUGGGGAAAGAUCGCUGAUCCAUUAUUGUAUAUUGAGCUUUUUUUUUCUUACUCUCCUCCAGCUGAAACCUUAAAAGCUCCGUCCUGCUGAAAUGGGAAAACGCCCCUCCAACAUCUAGAAAAUCAGGUGAGUACCCAGCUCUGUUUGGCAGCCCAGGUGGAUCACACGUCCUAAAAGCCAGCAUGCUGGAGCUUGAGAUCCUCAGAGGAGGUAGUUUGUUUAGUGUACUUUUCUUCUGGACGUGUAUGUGUGAACACCGCUGUGAUUGUGAUGAAUAUCUGUAAGGCUAGUGUGGGCGUGUCGAGAGGAAUGCAGGUGUCUUACUGUAUAUUCAUUACAUUGCACCAAAGGAGAACACACUGUGUUUUGCAACAGCAGCUUUCUGUUGGGAAAGUCAGGAUGAAGCAAUGGAUGCUGCAGUGAUUAUCUCCUCAAGUCCUUCUUCUUUUUACAGGCCAUGUUGUUGUUGUAAUGCUUGAAAUCCAGGUCACUGUAGAGACCCAGGGCCCUGAUAGGCUGGAUAACUGGAGCAUUUCUGAAUACAUGGCUGAAAUAUAAUACUUUUUAAUUGUUGUUGGUAGAUAUUUAUCUGGAAGUGUUGCACGAAGAUAGUGGUCACAUGGUGUUUUGAAGUCACAAUCACAGUAGCUCGUGACAAUUUUAAGCAUACAGUGUUCUGCGUUAGUGUAUGCCGCAUGCAAUGCUUAGUUCAUAGAACUGGCAUAUGGGAUAAAAACGAGGACAUUUUCAUUAAUUUAUAAAAAACAACCAGGACGGCCAGGACAGGAUGUAAAAACAGGACAUGUCCUGAGUAAACGGGACGUUUGGUCACCCUAAUAUACAGUAUGUAUGGCAUCCUUAUUAGCACAGGGUAUUCAAGAUACUAUAUUAACAAUAAGUGUGCAUUUAAACGGCAGUGUACUUAAACAAAUAUAAUACACAAACAUGAAAUGGCAUCAUGGAAACAAAAGGCUGCAUGGGCAUGCCUGGUAUUGAUCCUAAGGUAACCUGAGGAAUAUUUUGCCAAAUUUUAACAAUCAAACAAAUAAGUGGGUGAAUGGACAGGUCCAUUCAGAAUCUUUGCCUGUUUGCUUCUGCUGCUGAGAUAAAGCUUUUCUUCUAAGGUAAGUUAGAUUAGCAGAUAGACUGACCCUGUCAAGUCAGCGUAGUAACAAAGACUUGAGAGGCGAGGAUAGGCCUGGGCGAUGUGGCAAAAAAAAUGAUCAUGAUAUAUUUUGUCAUAUUGUCCGAUCUUGAUUAUUAUCACGAUUUUUUUAAAGCAUCUGUACUAAAAACUAAAGAAACUAGAGAUUAGUUCAACAUUUUAUCAACAUACAAAGCAAACUGAAUAAGAGACACUUUAACUCAACAGUACAACAAAUGUAGAUAAAUACUAAAUAAUGCAGUGAAUUAGUUUACAGUCCUGAGUGUUUUUGCAGGUAUGCAAGAUCCAAAAUCUCCCCCUCAGAGAUAAUGAAGAUGCCUUAAAAUGUAAACAUAGAUGAUAGUCAUGGCUGACUUCUGUUUUGCUGCCCUCCGCUCCAUGUUCGGUCAUUCGGUUUACUUCUCCUGUUUACUUCCCGGACAACUUACAGAAGUGAGCAGGAAAAGCUUGACACACUCCCGCUAUGUUUGAUCGAGUAAAUAUGCUCACAGCUGAUCACUGUGAUCAAACUGAAAUUUAUCAUAAUCAUAUAAUUGCCCAAUCCUUAUGUGAGGGUAUCAUAUGUGGAUUUAUGUGCACACAGUGGUCAAAAUUUCCAGGAUUUAAGUUAUAUAUAUUUUGAUUUUUAUGUUACCAUCAUGUCCUUAAAAACUUCCAUCAUCCUGUUAAAUCUUGACUCCUUUUAAAUCAUACUUGUACCAGUUGUGUUCUGUUUUAGCCAGAUAAACACACCUGAAUAGCUGCUUGUGUUUGAGAGAUAUUAAAUAGGUGUGGGACUAUCAGGGCAACAAUCUUACUUUACAGAAAUUCCAGGAUAUCUGAUAAAUAUCUUGACAGUCAUACUAGGAGUGGGAAUUAAAGGCUAACUCAGUAUGUGAUACUAUACCUUUAACAUUAGAGGUACACCAACAGGGAAAAUCAGAAUUUUGUUGUGCGGCACAUUGUUUGCCAAUGGGCUGAUGUCUGUCAGCAGGGCAAAUCAAGGUCAUCAGUGCACCCUGCACUGACAUGUAAUUCCCUACAAUGACGAUAACAUCACACUACAGCAUUUCUAUGAUAAUGAAUGAAUUGCAGGAGAUUCACAAAGAAAUACAUUACUAUAUCUUAAUGAAUAACUGAGAACGGUUUGGGAAAAAAAAACAAUUAUAGCAUCAGUAUAGCAGUAUAGCAAUGUUUAGGACUAUGUUCCACCUUUAAACUCAACAUGUAUAACUGAGAACUUAGUAUGCAGGGGGGUUAGCCUGAUACAGAUCAGCAUCUUUGUGAUUCUUGUGCUGAUAUGUGACAGCUUCUAAAAUGUACAAGAAACUCUGGUUUCAACCUGUUUGUACAUGUUGGAUUGGAGUCAACAAUAGGAAAAGUAGCCAGCUGUAAUCUAAGAAACUUGUUGACCGUUUGACUAACUUUUGGAUAACUGUGAUUCCUACAAAACACAGAGUUAAAAUUUUUGCACUAGUUUAAAAUGUCGUUAAUGAUACUGUGCCCAGCAGCUAAGAAAGGAAGAACAGGAAGUAAGCCCAUUCACCUAUACCAGUGGUUCUCAAGUCCAGUCACACACCUGAUUCAAAUGAUCAGCUCGUUAUCAAAGCACUGUAAUGGCUAAAUAACGAGCUAAUCAUUUGAAUCAGGUGUGUUGGAGCAGGGAAACAUCCAAAACAUGCAGGACAGUGGACCUCGAGGACUGGACUUGAGAACCACUGACCUAUACCAAUAUUUACACAACUUCAUUCGGUUUUUAUAAAGACAUUUUUUUUUUCAAGCACUUCAAAAUCCCUCAAAUAUUUCCAAUUGACCUGAUAAAACCUGCAGACAUCCAGCCAGCAACAUCAAGAGUACGUUUAGUGGGUCAUGUGGUCAGUGUGCUGCUAUUCACUGUGUGUGUGUGUGUCGGCAUUUGAUUGUGAGAGAGAAGAAUGACAUCUCAGACAACACUGCCUCAUUGUUUUCAGGCCCCGCUGUGCUGCAAACACAGAAACCCCAUCAGAACCCCUCGGCUAGAAAACACACAUUCGCAGAGAGUGCAGGGGGAGGGAUCAACAACACACGACACGGCAGCAACCAUUAGUGGAUUUGUUGUAUCUAUAGGAGUGUUUCAUAAAGCGGAUAACCUGUUUUACCGGAGUGUUUCCAGUAAAUCAGGAAAAUCAGUCCUGUGAAGAAAGUGCUGGAUAAAUUUCAGCUUGGUGACAACGAAAACACAUCCUUCAGAGUAGUCUUAUCUCAGGCACGUUUGUUUUGGGGCUUAACUCCACUCAGUGGAACCAGUUUGUGCUACAAAUGUACCUGCUAGUCUGAAACACAAUGUUCCCGGUAGUACUGCCGCUCUGUGGACGUAAAUCUGUCUCAAACUACAACACAUGCUGUAUGUUUUACACAGUUGGUGUCAAUUUAAUGUUAUGUAAACAGGGCGGAGUGUUAAUUCAGUACUGAAACAUUUCUUCAUCUGUUGUUGUCUAACAGUUUCCUGAAGCUCUAAAUUGAUAACGGGCCCUUUUAUACAGAGGAAGUUUUGACACACACCAAAAGCUGUGAUGAGGCAAUGUCGCUAUUGCCUCAAGUUCUGUGGUUGUGUAUGCUUCUUCUCGGUCUCAGCUCACUGCCUCUGUCAUUGACAAUCUGUGAUGUAACAUACAGUAUAUAAACACUAACUUGUGUCAAAAGUUUAUGACAUGUACAUCAUUUAACAUGUACUUGUGCACGUUUGUUGUAUUUCAAACCUUACAAAAAAAAAAAUACACCAUGAAUUUUGGACACCAUGAAUUCCCAACUGAACCAGAGAUCACAGAAUUUGCAGGCAAAUUAUAUCAAAUAGGUUUGGCUGGUGUUGCUAACAUUAUUAAGAGCGGACAGCCCAGGCUAGUGGCAUGUGGCUAUACUUAAGGUUAGACAAAAUUGACAAAGAAAUCCUGUACCCACCAGCAGAGGUUUUUUUCAAAUAGAUCUGUGUCCACUAGGGCUGGGCAAUAUGGCCUCAAAUCAAUAUCACAACAUAUUGAGCAGUUCACCUCAAUAACGAUUAAUGGACGAUAACUACUACGCCACAAGCUUCUAACCCCCUCCAUCAUUAACUUCGUCUACUUCAGCCGCCACUCCAGCCGCUUAAACUGUUGAGCCGUCCUCCAACAUUUUCUAUGUCUGACUAUACAACAAAAUACUACCCCCAAAUGUGGGCCAUUGAUUGCAAACAAGAUUUUUUAAGUCGCAUACAAUUUUUUUUUUUUUUUAAAUUUAAAGUCAGGAUGAAAAAUUGAGUACACCCCAAUCAAAGUUCUGGUAGCACAGCUAAAUUUUAGUCACCAUAUCACCCUUAUUUUCAUUUUAUGGUAAAUGAAAUAUUAUGUUAAACUCAGAUUUGUCAAAACUUUGGAAAUUACGCUUUUGCUCAUGUAGAUAUUAAGAAAUACAUUACUUUUAAUAGGGGGUGUACUGACUUAUGCUUGGCACUCUAUGUGUGGACAGGGCCUUAGCUAUAACAUUGCUCUGACAUUCUGUGUUACCAAUAAUACAAGUAUCAAAAACCAGUUAAAGAAUUAGUAAUCCUGGUACUGAUUUGUAAGAGUUAAUCUGUCAGAUCACUAAACUUACACUUCUUUUGGUUUGGUUUACACAUAUACAGUAGGGUGACCAUAUUUUGAUGACUGAAAACCAGGACAAAAACCAGGAAUUGGCAAUGAGAAAUUCUAUAUCUUUAAUUUUCUUCUUCCUAGUGGCCCAAUAAAAAACAAUAAAAACGAGGACAUUUUCAUUACUUUAUAAAAAACAACCAGGACGGCCAGGACAGGACGUAAAAACAGGACAUGUCCUGGGUAAAUGGAACGUUUGGUCACCCUAAUAUACAGUAUGUAUGGCAUCUUUAUAAGCACAGGGUAUUCAAGAUACUAUAUUAACAGUAAGUGUGCAUUUAAACAGCAAUGUGCUUAAACAAAUAUAAUACACAAACAUGAAAUGGCAUCAUGGAAACAAAAGGCAUGCCUGGUAUUGAUCCUAAGUUAACCUGAAUGGUCUGGAUGCUUCUUAUGGUACAAGUCAGACAGAGAUAUAUUUAUGUUGAAGGCCAGUUAAAGGAAUGGGCAUUUGAAGUCAGUGAUUUAAGGACAAGGGUAGUUCGCUCCAUCUUAGUGGUUUUGGUGAGGACUUGUGUAGCUGAGCUCUUGGGGAUCUUAAAUUGUAUGACUUUCCACUAACUCUUGUAAGUACUCAUGCCAGCAGUCUGCUCAAAUGAACAUCAAGUCUUUGUUUUUAUGAAGACAGAAACUAUUUAAUUUUGCCAUAUUGCUAAAGUAGAGACGGCAGAUUAGUUAUUGUCUUGAUGUGGCUGUUAAAGUUUACUUAAGAGCCUUUUAUCACAUGUGCGCACAUUUAGAGGGUUCAUUAGGUUGUCUCUGACUUCAUCGAUGGCAGUGGUUUUUAAAAAUUUCCACUGCCUGUUUCUGUUAUGUGCUAUGGUGGUCAAGUCUGCCGCUGUGGUUCUGAGUCUUUUGAGCUUAAGUUAGACUGCAGCGCUCAUGACCGUCCUCAUGGGGAAAAUACCGUAUUCGAUAUAACACAGAACACACACACAGACACCUUUUAUUACUUCCUUUAUGAUUAACCUCCAGCUGUGAGGAUAAUGAGUGCGGUGAGUUCAGUGUAUGGAAAUCGCUCAGAGCUUGUUAAGAAGUAAAACAGAGAGAAAAAAAAUCCAUAAACCGAGUUAAGCUGCUCUAAAGUAGCAGCCACAGCAACAGUUGUAAAAGCUCAAACAUGCAAAUUCUUCCCUGAUGGCUGAUUUAAUCCCAGAGCCUACAGCCCUGCAUUCUUCUUCUCUCCUCAGUUAUUUAGUCUGUGUUUGAGAGAGAGUAAGAGAGACAGAGAGGCAGACACAGGGGAUCACUCUGUUUUCUUGGAUCAAACUUCUGACUUGUUACGGCCUGUGAAAGUACCCUGGGUACUCUUGCUUUAUUUGUUAUUGCAUACCUUUGUUUCAUAUCCAACUCUGAUUGGCUAAUGCAGACGGCCUGUUAUAUAAAAAAUAAAAAUCCAAAUGCAUGACACUCACUGAUGAACUUACGAAACAAAGCUUUGAAAUGAAAAAGGAGGGGCUGGGGCAGCAGAGAGUAGACUAAUGACUGUGUGUAGAAAUAGACGAUGAAAAUGAAGCCAAAAUAAGCUGGCCAUGGACCCUGGUUUAUUGUGCUGGUUGUGUUACCUCCCCCUGUUCCUCCUCUGCUCGGGAAUUCCUGUAAUAGUGCUGCAGGAGAUUCAUUUGUCCACAGAGCUGUCAAUCAUGAUAUCCCAACCCUUUCUGUGAGCAUCACGCAAAUAGCUAAAAUAAAUCUCAAACAUAAAUCAUCAGAAAAAGAAAAAGAGGUGACCAGAAUAAACAUUUUAAAAUACUUUAAAGUGUAUUUUAAUGUUAGAGUGGCACAUCUGUUGACAUUGAGAGACUGCAGACACUAUUAGGAGCUACCACGCUUUUGGUCUCACCUUUGGAGAGCUGCCAUGUUUUACAUCUUUUUAUACACGAAAUCUAUAUUUACUGUGUCAAAUGUGACUCUGAUUUUCUUUUCUGCAGGUGUGUUGCUUUAAAAUGGUCAAUAAAUUUUUAAAAAGCAACGGGUGUUUACGACAUGUUAUUGAAUGUGUCGUUAUGUUGUCCCAAAGUUUUCCUAAAAAUCAAACAUCAGUCUUUAGGCUAGCUUAUUUUCUUUAAUCUAGAUCAUAAGCUGCUUACCUUUCAGUUCAUAAAAUACCAACUCUGCAUUGGUACUCACGUCUUACACACUUUAAACUCAGCUCUUCUUGAACGCAGCACAGCUGCUCUGAAACAUAUUUCAUAUUUUCAAGUGUAUUUUAAGCUGCUGCCUUUUGAUGAGUCAUUAAACUAUGAACGUACUAUUUUUGCAACAGGUCUCUCUGUCACUAUGGCAACGCUACACCCACAGAAAGGGCAGGAGCCAAAUCCUGGCUGCAUGGAAGCAGCCGGGACGCCAGGCUUGGCCCCGAGCCCUCAGAGCGAGGCAGUGACCAACGAGCUUCAGGAGCUGUCGCUGCAGCCUGCACCCAACGAGCUGCCUCUGCAGGAGAGAAAGAACGGUGAGGCUGUGUUACAUGCACCUUUUUUCUGCUUUUAAUCACUCUCAACCCACAUUGGGGGAUUUAAUUGGAUCAGUUGUGCAUCCAGGCUCAUGCUUUGCUGCAUUGAAGUCGAACAUUCUUUGGCAAGCACCACGAUGAAUUUGUAGGGAAGAGGGGUCAAAAUUGGUGUAGCGACAUACUGUACACUGUCCUGCCUUUGAAACAACUCCUUUGCAUUUCUCAGAGCGAAUUUUGACUGAACACUGCCCUGGGCUGACAAAUACAGAAACACUAUUUACAUAUGAAAAUAGCCGAGUCGAGUACAGCGCUGUUAAAGUCCACAGCCUUCCCUCUUUUGUAAAACGUCAGAAAAUAUAGUGUUGCUUCUCAUCAUCUGGGAAGAGAAGCAGGAGAAACACAGCCUGGUUAAUUUGCGUGACAGUUUUCUCAAAGUUGGUGCAGAAGUUUAAAAUUGUUUUGUACCCUUGACUCAAUCGGAGGCUCUUUUUCGCAUUUUUGUACCUUACAAAGUAUUACCAGCUUGAACUAAAAUUCACCCUGUGUGCCGACAUCUUCAUCCUUUUCUUUGUAGACAUGUUUGAAAGACAGGAGACAUUCGUAUCAUGUGUGUCUUUAAUAUGAUUUCUGUAUUUGUCCACCUGUGAAUAAGAAGGGGGGCGCCUUUGAGACUGUGAUGGAGGGCGGAGCAAAGAGACACACAGUCAGCAGAAAGAGUCACAGCAUCAGCAACAACAAACGAACCAAAUUGUCCGCCUUCCUGCAAGUUUGUUUGAAGAUGUGGACGUGCUAUAAAUUCUUUAGAUUGGAAUUACUGUGAAAAAAUCUGGAAAUAAGCUUUUAUUUUCACUUUUGCAGCUUUGUUUAUUUUACUGGUGCUCUGUCUUUAACCCCUGCUCCACUUUCACACACUCUUUUACUCAUAGUAGUUUUGGACCAGAAAAAUAAGUGUCCUUUUUUACUCCCGAGGUAUUAACAGUAGAUGGACUUACGUUGUAUUUUUUAGCUUUAAAGACAGCUCUUUAUUUUAGUCCUCAGGUUGAACUCUACUCGAGUGUGCACGAGUGUGUGUCUGUGUCUCCGCUCACAUAAGGCUGUGUGCAGCGAAGUCUCCAGAAAGCAGGGGGUGAAGGAGCUGCUGUGCAUAAUUGGCUUGUUCCUGUGCGCUGACCUGCUGUUACACUAGAUUAGACUGUGCUGCAAGUUCGCCGUGUGGACUUAGCGCGCUGUUGGCCUUUUUUUGUGUGUGGAGUCAGAGCUUAGAGUACUUGGCACCCUGUGCAGAGUUACACGCAGCAACUUCUAUUGGUCCAAAUCCUGCAUGGUGGAAAGUUUGAAUUUGUUGUUGUUGUUGUUGGGGCUUACACAGCUAAAUGCAGAGUGAAACAGAGUUCAUAAAGUCAACAGCGCCAAAAAGUACUUUGGGAUCUUUAAAGUGCGUUAGGUAAUGAGUCUUUUUAAACCUGAUUCCAGUCUAUGGAAGGAACAGCUUUAAAUGGACAUGUUAUUGAUCAACAAAAUUUCUUUCUUUUUAUUGAGUUUUCCUUUGAUGUAUUUCAAUGAAUGUUUUGGCACAAGUGAAUCACUUUAACAACUAAAAAGAAAAGAUAAUAUAAUAAUAAAUAAAUAGAUUAGAUGAAUCAAUCUAAAUAUCAAAGUAAAAACAAUGCCAAGAACAUACAGAAUCAGAUCAUACCAAAGCAAUGCAAAUUGAAUAAAAUAAAAUAACCAUAUAAGGGUAAUACUGAGAGGAAAAAAUAAAGUAAUACCAACAAAAAAGAGUAAAAAAUAAUAAAUUAAAAAAAAGGUGAAGAAAAUAUUAAAAAGGGGGGGGGGGGGGCAAAAAGACAAAUACAAACUCACAGGAAAAGACAACAAAGACAGAAGGGGAAGGAUUGGGGGUGGGGGAUCUAGUUGUGCAUUCAAUCACUCAUCCUCAGCUAGGGCAUUGCUAUAGUGAUUCCGCUGAAAUUCUAUCACUUCAACUAUAGCCCAAUUAUUCAACAAAAAUUAACUCACUAAGGCGAGUAAUAGAAAAUGAGCAGGACAAAGUGUUCACAACAUACAUUAUGUUAAUGUACCUAGACUGUAUGAACUAUGGACAACUUGGUUCCGCCUUCUGCCAGUAUACCAGUAAGCCAAAAAGCUCUCGAUAAUUCAGCGUUUUUUUCUCCACUUUCUAAAACCAACGUCGCGCAGUAGCAUUGUAUGCAUUCGGCGGGAAAGUUGCCUAGAGUUGCUGUGAUGAUGCUCUGCUCAAACAGCGCAUCCCCCGGGUGAGCUACACAAUCUUCGUACGCCCAUGGGCUGUAUCAAGUGUUAAUCAAAGAAAAUAUGAACCCCCUAAUAACUUUUAAAAAUGGAGCUGUACCUAUACUGCAGCUCGUCACCAGAGGGUGCUGUUCUCGGAGUGGCUUCACUCAGCGAGGAGGCAGACGGCGUCCAUUCUAUAAACAGUCUAUGGUUUUAACCAUAGGUUGUAUGAAACCAUUGACAGAACAACAGCUGUCCUGGGUGAAGCAGGAGCAUGGAGAGCUCUCCUCUGUGACUGGCUGCAGUGAAGGUCAGAAAAACAUGCAGAACAAAUACAGGUCGAGUUAAUUUUCCCAAAUAUGUCUCUAUAAAAAAACACUUGAACAUAAAUUGGCAUAACAGCAUGUAAGAAAACUACUACUAUAGUUUAACCAAUGUUCUGUUAACUUGACAUACACUGCAGUAGUCAGUAGGGGGAGCUCUAAAAGUUUGGCUUCUCAGUCUGUGAUCACUUGUGGCAUCCAUUUUUAUAUCAAGUCUCUGGUUGUAGGCUUUAGAAUAUGUCCUCCAUGAAGUCAGACAGAGACUCUCUAAUAUGCAAAGAGAUCCCAGCACUGGUCAGACGUAGGAGAUAGUGUAACUGUUUCUUUCUCACACUCCUUGUUGUAUCAAAAGAGUCAGCCACAUGAGCCAUUGUUCCCAGCUGGGCGUUGGCCAACCGUUUAGUUGUUUUGAGCCACCGUUGGUUGACCUGGUGUCGAUUUGUCAGGAGAAGAAGGUGAGGCUAGGUUUAACGAGUAAAUGAUUGACCAUCUUCACCAGAGAAUAAUGCACAAUGGCACAAUGAAAGUCAACGUUAGAAAAAGUAGGAGAGGCGGAGUACAGCUAGUGUUAACAACUGACUACAGCAAGGAUCAUAAAACAGCAUUUGUUGCACUUGACCUGUAUUUUACGAGAUGUUUACAUGAUUUCAGAAAUGUUUAAGUAUGAACCUGUGACAUGCAGUCACAGGACCAUGUUUACCUCACAGGAACACACAAAGACACACACACACACUCUGUCUCUUACACAGCCUCGAGCCACCACUCCCAAAUUGAAACAACCUCUGCUCUGGUUGGCCUCUUCCUCACACACAGGAAUCAGCUAGCUGGAAGCCGACAUGUUCCUGCAGGCACCGCUGCAGCUAAUCUUACACGAAGAUGCUUUCAGAGCAUCACAUGUGACUGCAGGAGUUUUAUCUGUAUGCAAACACUGAGGGAACAGAGUGGAAUGCCCACAUAGUAAAGCUUAUCGCUGCUUUAUCGCUCGCUGCACGUUAUGCAAUGUGUUUAUGUGUGAGGUUCCUUCCUCUGUCAUGGACAAGCGCUGGGAGAUUUACUGUUAAACAGAUGCAUGCAUGUGUGUGUGUAUAUAUAUAGAGAGAGAGGUGACAUGUCCUCCUGAGACAGAUGUUUACGCACUUGUGUGCAUGAGUAUUUCAGAUUAUAUUCAAGGUUCAAAGUAAAGCACUUUCCGUCAAACUUCGAGCUUCAUUGUUUUGUUUGAAAAUAAACUCAUUCUUGCUCUGAUAUUUGGACUGGAAUAAAUUAAAAGUUUGAGUUUGAGUGGGAGUGUGGGCUGCAGCAGCAACAGCAGCAGAAGAAGGAGGCAGGGGGGAGAGAGAAAAGAAGGAGGGUCAUGUCUGUAAUGGCUGUAUUGCAUAACUUGGCAGGGAGGGAACAGAAGGAAAGCGAGGGAAAAAUGGAAAGCAAGAAAGGAAGGAGGGGGGUGUGACUUAUAUAGGAGGAGGCAAGGCUUGGCACCAGCUCGUUUCUAUUCUUUUUCUCUAACUUGAACUUCCAAACUUGUUGAAGGAGCGCAGAGAAGUGACCGACAAAGUUUUUUUAAAGAAGUGCACAAGGAGCAAAGCAGGAGUAAACCAGAGGUGUUGCCACGGAGAUCUGAAACCCUUGGGUGGACCUUGUUUGUUGCCCAAGGAGCAAGAAGGGGACGGACACACAGACCUGCUCACGCCCUCUCUGCCGGGGCGUGCACACACUCGCAGGCAGACAGUGGAGAGAAAGGGAAUGUGAGGUGCUCUGCUACCUGUGGAGUACAAGCUGCCGGUGAGAGGAAAAAACGUGCUCCGAGUUGCUUUCAUUUCUCCUGUCGCUGGACUUCUCCGCCGCCUGCUACCACUUUGGUGCUUCAUUUUUCCCCCCCUACACUUUUCAUUUUGCUUGCUCAAGGAAAAUGAAAUGCUAACUUUGCCGGGAGGGUGAAGCUUCACUACAGCAUGGUGCAGAAGGAUAUGACUAUCCUGUCAGGUAAAGUCGAUAUGAGCAUGUCGUUUUUCUUGCUUUCAUAUCUUCUUUGUGACUUUAAGAGACAAUGGCAACAAAUGCAAAUCGGCUAUGAAGUUAAGCUCGAGGUGAGCGCUGCUGCCUGCAGGUGCGAACUAUGUAUGAGGUACUUAGGUGUUCUGUUGCUGCAGGCUCAAGUGUUGCUGCUACACAGGCUGUACUUGUUGUUUCUUUGAGAAGUGCUUCAAAAAUGUUCCUUCAAUUACCGUGAACUGAAAGUGAUAGUUAAAGCUGAAAAAGUUAAUGUUUCAAAGUUUUGUUGCUCUGGUGGAUUUAUAUAUGCUAAAUAAAAGUUUAGUAGAAAUAGGAAUGCAAAACUUUCCAUGUAACAAGAGUGGCAGUUCAGUUUGCAGUAUGGAAAUGUAGUUUCAGGGCCUCUUGGAACAAAAAGGGAACACUUGAUGCCAGAUAUGCGGGGCGAAUGAGGUCAUAGAGUAAGUUGAAAGGUGUGGCUGGUGAAUUUGCACCCCCCAACCCCCCCAACAUUAAUGCAGCUGUCAACUGUCCACUACAGCCCCCAGCCGACUCACUGCAGGCCAGGAGCCAGAAUCCAGGCAGCUCUGGGUCUGUAGAUUUGAGGGUAAGCUGAAGGAGGAGGAACAGAGAACAAAGCCCGGCUCCACUAAAAGAACUCAGCCGGAGUUUAAGGGGGGGAAGUAGGUUAGAGGCAUCACAGACUCUGCUCCAGAUUGAAGUGGAGAUGACCCACUCAUUACAGGCAGAACAGAUUGUUCCAGAUCAUGACACAGACCACAGACACGGCGUGGAAUGUAAAUGUGGAAAGCAGUGACAUAAUCUUAAUGUGUGCCAGUGCUGGAGGCCUCAUUGAAAUGUAAUUGUGCCGCGAUGACUCGAAAGUCUGCAGGUUUUAACUCCAACCAAACAUAAACAACACUGGAAUGGUUUCUCUUGAUUUCUGAGAGGCAAGACUAAACAAAGAACCAGACUGAGUUAGUGUGUAGAUACCAGACCUGUGCAGGACCACUGUGUUUGCUGACUGUUCUUAUUCUUAAUACAGUGAAAACAGGACUUGAAAAAAAAGGUUCAGGUGGAGUCUAAGCUUGCAAGUGAGGUGCUGCCAGACUGGAAUACUAUCAGUGAGUUUUAAGAUUUGGCCUGACCUCACCACUCAGACAUGUAAACAUUUAAGAUAAGGAUCACGUCCCUCUUUGUCCCCACCCAUGCAUAAUGUCAAUAGACCCUCUGGUUUCAGCGCUGAGUUUGCUAGAUGGUUUGCCAACAAAAAUUGAAGACAGUAAUACGUCCUUGACCCCUACUGACGGAUAAAUCGCUGCCGGGCGGUGUUUUUAGACAUAUUAACUGGAUUUGUAGCGUGGCUGAGGCGAGCUCAGCCCAACAGUGAUACAGGGAGCCUGAUGGUGCUGUUAUGUAACUGAUUGGGAAGGCUGCCAGCAGCAGAGGCCCCGCAGCUCUCUGUCAGCCUUAGAGGAGAGGAGAAGAAUGAGAUGGAGAGAGCGAUAGAUGGCGAGAAAGAGAGGAAGAGAACGUGCUGUGAGAAGAGAAGAGACUAAAGACAUGUGAAAUUAAAGGAGCUAAGUGAAGAAUUGAAAAAUAAGAGAGCGGUGAGUCGUGUUUGACUACAUGUUAGGCAGGAAGGAAAACGGGGGGGGCUGUGUUUCAUUGUAAUCCAAACACACAGCUGCAGCAAACACAAUCCAGCUGGGUGUCUCCUCACCUCUAUGCCAAUGAGUCUGCCUCGUAUUAGGUAAUCUCUAGGAAAUCAAAGCUUUAAAGAUGUAUGUACAGUAAGACAGAAUAAAUCAACUACAGAUACGACGAUAAACGGCAUUGAAUUAUUCAAGACUUUUUAGUUAAUGAUGACGUAUUGUUAUCUACCAAAGCUUACAGACCUGUCUAAGCUUAUUUGUGAGUUUGAUGAAAUAUGGACACGGUGGGUAGUGCAUCUUAAAGUGCUGCGUAAAUCUCAGCUUUGCAGUAACAUUGCGUAACAGGCAGAAUCUAAACAACAGGAGACCAGAUGUCUGAGGGGUUUUUUUUCCGCUGAAUGUAAGUAAACAGCUCUCAGUCUAAUAAACAGGCUGAAACAUUUUUAUGCAACACAGGCAAGUUUUCAGAGAGGGCUUAAAUCUUAGAAGUGUCCAGCUCACCACGCACACACCCACAGACUUUGCAUGACUCACCAGUCCACACAAACACUCACACUUCACGCACGCACACUUCACAACUCCUGUCACUGUCAGAACCUGGACAUGCACUUACAGGCUUUGGUAGCCUUCCAUUUGCACAUUGUGUCCUGACAGAACGGUAUUUCGACAAGCGCCAACACCACUCGCAUCUUUGAUUUGCGAUCCGGUGAAUUCCUGUUAGAUAAUGAGGAGAGAACGAGCGCAGCCACAGAGCCUUGCACACAUCUGUAGCCUAAAGCUACACAAAAGCACUUUAUCAGCUUCGUAGGUCUCUGCUCGUAGCAACAGGAACGCUGUGCAUGAACACCCACAGGUACAAGCCCACUCAUGUAGCUCAGUGAUCUUUAAAGACACACACACACACACGGUUAGACAGGCAUAUACACUAUCUUAUGGCAUACAUCACCUCAGGGCACAUAAGCUUAGAACAGUCUUAAACUUGCACAAAGGAGCUGCUGAACAAAAAAAAAAUGCAUGCAUUACCCUUAACCUGUAGUCAUUUAUAUAUAUAUAUAUAUAUAUAUAUUCCUUCAUACACAUUCUGAGUUUAUUAAGUACUCUUUAGUAGAAAUGUACCUCCUCUGUUUUGAUGCAUGCUUUGGCCACAUGUCUGAGCUACACUGCCUUCUUCCAUCUGUGUGAUCUGAGAUGCCCACUCAACAUUAUUCCCUUCAUUUGCCUCUGAUUAUAACCACCCAUUGUCAAAAGCUUAAUUUCCCUAACCUGUCAUAAAUUUCAUCUGCAUGAAGUUAUGAGGGGAAUAUGAAAAAGAUGCAAGUAGGUGUACUGAGUUAUAAAAGAUCAUGAUUUUUCAUGAGUGUGACAGUCGACAGAUACAUUAGCGUUAAUGGAAGGUCAAAGAAGCCAAGAAAAGAACCUACACAGCCUGUUCAUGUUAGUGUUGUGUAUCAGUCAGAUUUUAGAGUCAUGAGACAUACAGGAUUUUCUUUCAAUUUUAACGAUUAUUUAUUCUUCUGAAUUAGGGAUGUCCUGAUCCGAUAUUGAUAUCGGGUAUCGGUCCGAUAUCAGCAAAAAAACAAAUAUUGGAUUAUGGGCCUGCAUCUAAGAUCUCCAAUAUCAGCACUACAAGCAGUCCGUUCCAGACUCCGCUCCAGCACCUCUAUCUAGCAGCACCCAGAUCCAGCAUGUAAAGGCCACAUAGUCACAACAACAGUCUGUACUAAGGUACUAACAAAGUAGCGAGGAGUAGGAGUGAUGUCGGCCAUGUGGCGGCAUUUUUCGUCUAAUUCCGAAAAAGACAUUGCAGCUGAGUGCAAAACUUGUCAUGCACGAGUUUGUGCCAAUAUCAGAUCAAUAUCGGUAUCGGCCAUUACUGAAGGCUACAGUAUCGGUAUUGUAUCAGAAGUAAAAAAGCUGUAUCUGUACGCCCCUAUUCCGAAUACCGAUCGGGUCCUACAACAGCUACAAAGAUACAGCCAGAAUACAAGUCAAAAACAAUAAUAGCUGAUAUUUUCUAAGCUUGAACCACAGUUGCUCUGUUUGUUGAUAGUCAUGAACCAGUGUAGAUUUGUCUGUGUAGUUAGCUGGUUUGAAGCAGAUAUAUAAAUAAGGGGCCACAGUCCCCUUGCAGAAGUUGCUGGUUUUAACCCCUGCCUUGACCCCUUGCUGCGCGUCCUUCUCUGUUAUCUACUCCCCUCAUUUCCUGAAAGCGAUAAUACCUUCAAUAUAAGUCUGAAUUCAUAAGUAAGAAAAUGGUUUGAUGCCAACGAGUAAUGACUUCUCACUCAGUGUAAGUGCUUUAACCAGCCUCUUGCAGGCCUGGGUAAUAAUUUGACACAAUUAUGAUAGGGGGAGAUGGAUCUCAAGCUAGCUAUCAGGUACCUUCGGAUCCAAAUUAGAGUGUUCUGAUUGCUUAGUAGGAUUCAGGGAAAAACAUGUUUCAACCACAGUUACUAUUUGAAACACCAGGAACUGAAGAUAAAUAUAAAAACAGACCAUAGAGUGUUCAGUAUUAGUGAGAUCAGUGUUUUAGUUCACAAUCACUGCUGUGUUCCUGUAUUGAAUUUCAGGUAUGUUGUUCCACUCCUUGUUUUUAAGCGGGUAAUGAGAAUGUACUGGAACAAGUUAAUUUGAUAAAGUAAUUUUGUCGCAUUAAUACUUAAGCACUCUGCUGUGAGUAAAUAAGGAACAUGAUCUAAUACAAACUUUCUGCUGUUAUAGUGGAUGAGUGAGGUGAACUGAGUCUCACACGGUCAGAGGUUCCUGCUGCCUCAGCAAACACGACGUUCCCACAAACUGAAGACAUGUUGAUUUAGUUUGUGUCUCCAGUUCGGCUCACUGUGGUGUGUGUGUGUGUGUGUGUGUGAAUAAUGGAACAGCCAUUAGCCUGUGACUCACCUGCUUAACACUAAGUGUGUUGCACUAAACGUCAGCUGAUGAAUGCAGCAGAGGUUGCUGUCAGCUGACGGCAUGCUUGUUUCGUAGUUGUGAGUCACGCAGGCGCCAUAACAUGUGAGGAAGAAGAUAUUUAUCAAGAUGUGUCGUAUUUGGGCUGUUUGGUGACCUUUUUUUUUUUUAAAGUGAAUUUUAAUCAUUUCAGAGGGUUGAAAAAGUUUGUGCAAGAGUCUUGAAGUCUUUCCAACACACAACUGGAGAUAUUAUCAACAGUGUCACCAGACUCCAGAGACUCCAGAGACAAGGACUUGGCUGCUAUCUCAUCACUUUGUCCUCUCUACACCAUAAACAUGACCACCACUGUGUGUGUGCAUGUGCCUGAGCGUGUGCGUCGGUGUGUGAGAGCAUGUGUGUGUGAAUGCUGUCACCGCAGACUAACGGACACAGCUGCCUGUGCUUGAAAUGCUCACAGUCAUUAAGUUCUCGUCAUGGUCACUGGAUACCUCUUCAUUCUCGUGUUCACAUAGUCUGUUGAAUGGAUCUGUGUUGCAUGUUUGUUUUUAGCCGCAGUGACGCUCAGGUUCGGUGAAAACAAACCGACUGUCCAAGUUUUGUGUCUCUGAAGUGGAAGGAUACAGAAACAAGAUAAAUAGUCAGCCUGAUGCAACAGAAAGCGAAAGAAAGAGCUAUUUUUAAAACAGCAAUAGUGCAAAUUUAAAAACAGAGCAAGUGACAAAAUAUAACUGGGUGUAUAGAGUAUAUUGACGAUAUCUACCUGUUGAUAAUAACCAUUAUAAACCCUGUAUUGCCCCCUGAAAUUAAACCCAGUCUUUAAACUUAAUGUUUUUUUAUAAUAGUUUAAUAUUUCAAAGGUGAUGGAGAUAAAAUGUUUGUUUUCACUGAUGUUUCAACAUCUACUUCCAGAGUUAAAAAUCAAGUGCUUUACAGCACUGUUAUCCACAUAGCACCAACAAGUAUAGACCAAAAUAUCAACUAUUUAUUUCAUAUUUUUAUCGCUGGACCUUUUGGUCAGUGAUAUCUUUAUCUUCCAUGCAACUGCGUGUAAAAUUAGCAAGAAAUAGUGGAAAAAUGUAUUUGUUUCAAUUUUCAAACAUGAGAGAAAGUGUGCUGUAACGUGUAAUGUGUUCAGUUUUUACGAUUAUUUAUUCUUCCGAAUAAGGGAUGUCCUAAUAUGAUAUCGAUAUUGGAUAUCGGUCAGUUGUCAGCAAAAAUUUGAAUAUCGGAUAUCAGCUUGCAUAUAAAAAUCUGCAAUAUCAGCACUCUGAAACAAGCAGUCCAUUCCAGACUCCGCUCCAGCACCUCUAUUUAGCAUCACCUGGUUCCAGCAUGUCGAGCCCACGUAAUAGCAACAACAGUGUGUAUUAAGGUACAAACAAAGUACCAAGGAGUAGGGGUGAUGUCGGCCUUGUGGCAGUAUUUUUCAUAUAAGUCUGAAAUAUCAGAUCAAUGUUGGUAUCGGCCAAUAUUGAAGGCUACAAUAUCAGUAUCUUAUCAGAGGUAAAAUAGUUGUAUCGGGACACCCCUAAUAUGUAGUGUGUGAAACAUGUUCCAGCGAUAUUUCAGGAGGAGGGAUACUUCCUGCAAUAUUGAUCGGUCAGAUCUUCAUGCUCAUUUAAAAUCAGACUCAAAUCUGCUAUGAAGUGAUAUUCAGUAUUGCUCAUAUAGCCAUAAAUCUGUGUUAGAGUUGCUUUGUUUAGACAGCUACUGUAGAUGGCUGUUUUGCCUCAAAAUCCUGAAUUAGUUAAGUUCUAACUUCAGGGUUUCUGAUGGGUCUUAAAAGUCUUAAAAUGUCUAAAGUCCAAUAAUUUGAAUUUAAGGCCUAAAAAUUUCUAAAAUUCUCUUAAAACCUCAUAAAAUGUCAUAAAUAUACAUUUGAAAGGUCUUAAAAAAUGGAUGGUGUUACUUACAAAUAAAGAUUGAUUUAAAGUUAGUUUAAAAUGUUCCAAUUUCCCUUCAUGUCUUUUGUACUUUUUUGCCAGUAUGGAUGUAAAAUGGAUCUUAAAUUGCUGUCAUUAUGGUCUUAAAAAAGUCUUAAAAAGUCUUAAAUUUGACUCGUUGGAACCUGCAGAAACCUUGUAACUAUCUGACUCAGCUUAUUUUAAAAGUGAAGAUUUAAAAUGUAAGGUAGGAUUUUCUAUAAAGCAAAGUAUGAGGAAUAUGUCCCCAUCAAAGGUCGGUGUCUAAUAAAAACUUCCAGCCGCUGAAGCAAAUUAACAGCAGGCUUUCACGACAAGUUAUAUACAGUAACAGAAAGAUGAGAGGAGAAGGAGGCAGGAAGAGGAGGCCUAUAAAACCCCAAAGAGCAACCUUAAAGAAGGCCGGAGCACACAGACACACUCGGCAUCAAACAGACUCUCAGAUCCAGCCUGAAAUUCCCGCUCUGCCUCACAGUCAUCUGCUCCACACAUGUUGUCACCGUCUCCUCAACUUUGCAGACUUCUCUUUUCUCUCUGUUGUGCUAAUUAGCUUCCCUAGCCGCCUUUCUUUGCUGCUCAUCCAGUCUGCUGGAGUCUGUUGUUGUACGACUGGUUUGGAAAACAGUCGUAAAAGAAGAGAGAAAGCAGAGUUUCCCCUGUAAGUGGGGCAGGAGGUUAGGGGGUUCGCUACAAUAAAAAUCAUUUUCAGAUGUUGGAGUUAUGUAACAGUCUGUUUCAAAGCCGUCAUCGCUGGUCAGGGAACACCCCUCUCCAGCUCUGCUGUUUUUUUCCCUCUUUACCCCUCUCUCUCUCUCUGAGCCUCUGUUCUUCCAUUUACUGAACUCAGCCUCACCCUCCUCCUCCUUCUCCUCCUCCUCCUCCAUCCUUCUUUCAGUCCUGUUUUACAGUGAGGGUUGUGUUACCAGAUGCUAACAGCUGCCAGCUGCUCUGUGCCUCUCUUUUUUUCCUACCACACUUGUGCUCUUGUCUGUACUUCUCUCUCCUUCAACAGUACACAAUUAGACCAGAGUGAGACCACUUUUAUUGACGAGAUGUGAGAGGAGGACGGCUGCUGCUGCUGCAGAACUUUGAAUGGCACCUCAACAAAGUACCUUUUGACUAUGUGAAGAGCACAUUUUGUUUUUUAGCUCAGUACCUUUUUUAAAAAACAACCCAAUUAGCCAGGGCUCAUAUAGCUCUUAUUAGAGCUCUGUGUACACAUGCUGUAGACUGAGCUGUGCUUAGUUUUUGGCCUUUUAAAAGCCCUGUAAAAAGCCUUUUUAUAUGUAUAAAGGAAAGUAAAAGACCUUUCUGCUUGGUGCAGAUGACUCAUAAAAUAGGGGAACUAUUUAAAGCCAAGAUUCAGAACAUUGGGAGAGAGAUGGCCUUGGACAUUUAUUAUCACCGACAGGGCCAGGUCUUGACCAGGGACAGAGAUUUUAAAUUUGAGAUUUUCAUUAUUAAAUGUAUUUUUUAUACUUUUCUGGUAUGCAGAGAAAAAAAAAACAGCCUACAUGGCUUCUAAUGGUAUCGUUAUUGCCUUUGCUUAAUCGUCUUUCACUGACUUAGAACAUAUAAUAUAACCUAGCUUUUAUACUGGAGAUUUUAACACCGAUUUCAACAUUUGAGGAUGUUCAUAGGGGCAAACAAUCUUUCCCCCUGCCUGCAAUGCUACAAACGCAUUGAUGUAAAACUCCAUUUCUAAUGCUAACAAGCUGUUAUGCUCUGCACUAAGUCAUAACUGUCAGUUUACACUGACAUUUUGGUAUCUUUUGAUAUUGUUUUCAACCCAGAGACAGUCAAGAGUUCUGCAUUUGAUUUAAGGUGAUGCACAGUCUUGUUGCUUGUGGCCAUGGCAGUUAUAUUCCCCCACCUUGCAAGAAAUUAUCUGACAACACCAAGUGCAUUUCACUACAUCCUUAUUGUUUGUUUGGAAAAAUGUAGCCAAAAUUUAGAUCCCAUCAGCCAUCCUUGAAAGCAAUCGACCACCAGAAUAAUACUUUUUGUUGUCUAAUACCUGUUAGCCAGCUAUUCAAAACUUAAUUUUUCAACCUGUGUGUGUUUGUUGACCAGUGCUGUGAUUUAAAUUACAGGCGUUAAUAGAAGAAUACACAAUGAGACCAAUAGGACGGAAUAUUUGAAUCAAUAAACUCAAACACUGUUAAUUUUCAGGUUUAAAAAAAUGCAGAAUAUAAUCAGGUUUUGGUCCACACCCCUAACUUUGACUUAACUGAGUUAUAAACUUGCACAUUAAAUAGACUGAGCUUUCGAUUUAUCAAAGAAACAUGUUUCUUAGGGUAAAACUGUAUAUCAAUCAGAGUUGGGAUCUCAACCAACGACAUGAACUAGUUCAAAGAAAUCACUUAGCACAGGUAAUCAAUCACAAUGGAGUUCAUUCUGACAGCAAGCAUGAUAAAGUUUAAACAGCAUCAUAAGAGUACUUCAUGUUUGACUUGAGCAUAACUUCAGUGAUUUAAAUGUUAUCCUUCAUUGCUCAAACUACAAAGCUCAUGAUAUGAAGUUAUACCCUGCAGUGGCUACUACAGUCCUUCCUACUUUAGUUUAGCUCUUGUAACAAAACCUUCCUUUGCUAAAUCUGUAAAGGGGAUAAAGCAUGACUCCUCUUGGGAACGAAACUAAAGUGCAGCAUUAGGUCAGCCAAGGAUUAUACAUCAGAUAUCCCAGAAGUACAAUUGCUACAUCUACAAACAUGCAGAGUUGGCCAACCGGGUUCUGGCGGUCCCCUCUUCCAGUACAAAGACAGAGGGAGUACAGUAAAGUAAGUGGUUAAAUACAAGCCUGCUUUCACCACAUUUGCAUUAAGGUUUAAGUCAGUGUAAGUGCCUCAGUUCAGAUAUCACCAACUUCAUUCCUCAGGCUGCGUCUGUGCCGCUCAUAAAUGUAAAUGGAUUGAAUAUAAGAAAUACUGAGGCUGAUGUCAGCGUUGAGUCACAGCUCAAUAUAAGCACUGCUAGUAAAUUCCACUUCAGACAGAGUGGGUGGGGGAACCAGGAAGCAAAGGGGAGAAAAAACACCUUCUGUUUUCUCUGCUGGAAUGUUAAUAGUUACUCUGACCUGAGGUAGACUGACACACAACCUGGUGUUUUUUUCUGCUGCUCGGGUUUUGUUUGGAUGAUAUUUUUGGUACUUUAUCAUGUGGCCUCAUCUGUAAAUUUGCAUUUUGGUAGAAGGUAACCAGUUUUUAAAAGAAAGGGGCAGUCAGUAAAAGCUUCUAAAUGAGGAUUGUUGCAUGUUAUAGCGUUACUUUAUAAAGUUUCAGACUGAAACUUAAGAUAGUCUUGGAAAUGUAAGAAUCCAGGAUAAACGCCAAGCAGUUUCCAACAUGCAUGGAAUUUAUAUGUGCAAACCUGUUAAAAGCAAGCAUAGAAUUAGCAAGAUAGUAAGAAAGACAGUAAAUACAGUAAACUAUAAUAUAUGAUCUUGAUGGGGUAUGAUAAAAACUGCUGAUUUUUACAUUCAGCAGAAUAACAGUAACAGUGCGCAGUGACGUGAGAAGAAAAUGAAUAAUCUUAACAUUUCCUCAUUUAGGUAAGUAAACUUCUGGCCUGAGCCCAAGCAUGCUUACAGUGAUUCCAAGCAAGCAUCUGAUGCCAACUCUGGAUUCUUGACAAUAUUAUAUUUAAAAUGUAGAUUUACAAUUUAUGUCCGGGAUGCAUCUGUAGUAAAUAUUAUUUUAGCAAGCAGUCCAAAAAGCUUCCAUUUAGGCCAUCAGAGAAAAAUGUAUUGGUCACUAAUUAACUAAAGGAUAUAAACUGUUUCCAUUAAAACAGCCACAUGAACAGCAAGUUAAUGGGAAAGUAAAUUGAGAACCUGAGGGUAAGAAAAUGUUUGUGCCACCUUUAAAUAUGAACUCUGGAAACCUCCUCAUGAGUUGUUCACCUGAGUCCGCCCUGCCUGGUCUUGUUUGUUACCAGUGGUUGGGGGAGGUUAGCGGAAACUUGUAAUUGCUGAGGUUAUUGGAAUGCGGUGGGGUAAUUAUUCGGGGCAGGUCGUGUCUGGACGACAUGCAGUGUUGCCAAGAAGGUCAUGAUGUUCCUUGACCGAAAUAGAGUAAUCCAAAAUAUGUGGGCGGUAGACGCCUUUUAAAAGAGAGUUUAGAGAGUAAAAUGCAAAACAGAAAUCAGAAGUGAUGUGCAGAUGUUUUAAGUGUCAGUUUAAAUCAUUGACGACACAUGGUAAAAGAGUCGCCAUGAUGCUAUAAUUUCAAAUGUUGAUAUAAAGCAGUGGUUCUCAAGUCCAGUCCUCGAGGCCCACUGUCCUGCUUGUUUUGGAUGUUUCCCUGCUCCAACACACCUGAUUCAAAUGAUCAGCUCGUUAUCAAGCUCUGUAAUGGCUUAAUAACGAGCUGAUCAUUUGAAUCAGGCGUGUUGGAACAGAGAAACAUCCAAAACAUGCAGGACAGUGGGCCUUUAGGACUGGACUUGAGAACCACUGAUAUAAAGUAAAGGGAAAAGCAAAAAGGCGCAAAAAACUGAUUAGCAAAUCUUUGUAUAAAUUAAACUCUGGUGCUCUUUUGCUUGUGGAAGCUUUCUAUGAAAGAUCUGUAAUUGCCAUAGACUUUGGUACUUUUUCAACUUUAUCAAAUGUUAACUUAAAAGACUGUGUUUUUUCAGGGCGUGUGAUAUUAAAAAGUAUUUUGAAAAAUUGGUCAGGCCCAGCAUCACUCUAUAUUUUUGUCAGAAAAUCCUGAGACACCUCUUACCUCUCGUUCUCGCUUUGAUAUUUAAUAGUAGACAGUACGAUUGGCAGCACUAACUGCUGUGUGUUUUUAAUGAAAAUAAUGUUUUGGCUAGCGUGGGUCAUGAUGACCAACUGGAAGUUUUGAGAGAGUUUUUUCUUCAUUUAUGCAUCCUCAGGAAGUCCUCAAAUCACCGUUUUGGCAACACCCUCGUGCAGUAAUUUUAGCCUGUGCACUUCCACAGAGAGCACAGUUUUCGUCUUCUUUAAUUCCCAGACAUGUAUUCGACUGACAAAUAAGGAAGUAGCAGAUAACAAUGUUCAAGGCCAAAUAGUUAGACUGGAAUGUUCCCAAAGUCAGAACUGUGACAGACAACUUUUCGAACUUAAGUCUGAGGUUAUCCGUGCCGAUGGUUUUCACUGGAGAAGUGCACCCAAACACAGUCAGAGUGUCUCAGAAGAUGGCAAUGUUAAGUGGGAACUCUGCUUUGGAUCAGACUGAGUCUCUUUAAAGUUUUAAGGACUGUCAUUAAAUUCAAGUACACUCUUACCAUAGAGUGAAAUAAAACGUGGUCUUCUGUGAGUCCUCUUAACUUUUCCCUGAGGUUCACAGUUAUGGUUUUGGGAAAACUGUGGCUCGAACAAUUCUUGCUCAAAUUGUGAUGUAUUUUUCUAUGUAUUUAUUUUAAUUUUCCAUGGUUACAAAUUCAAGCAUAGAGAUGCUAAAGGAGACUACGUAAAUGUAUCCCCCCCUUUGCAGUACCCUGCAAACUGCAGUUUUACCCCAGUCAAGUUAGAAAUGACUGUUAUCAAGCUGCAAACAGUAUAAACAUUACUGUAAAUGUUGAGCUGUAAAUUGACAUUUUCCCCGUGGUGUUAUUUUGCCAUAGAAAACAGCACCCCUGGUGGUCAUUUUAUGUGACGCAAACAGUUGCACAGCGUAAAACUUGGAUUUAAAAUGUCAGAGGAUUGAGGAUUUUGAGCGAUACAGAUGAAACUAAAAGAUACGUUUGGUAUGCUGUGUGUCUCUUUAUGGUCUGUGUGUGUGUGAUGCUGAGAUUGGUUCAGUCUACACAGCAACAUCCUAAUCCUGGUGUUUGUAUGUUGUCAUCUGUGCGUUUCCUGCCCAGACUGUGAAUCACAACAGCAGGUGGACUUUAAUCACAGUCAUAGCAGACGGUUAUUGUUGGUACCAGCCGCCGUUUGUUCAAGGUGGUGUCAGUGUGUUCAGGUGCACCGUGGUCACGUGUGUGUCACUGGUGUGAUAAAGGCACAGGGAAGUGUAUUAACAGUUGAAUUCUGGGUCUAUAAAAAGGGAUGAAAUUAGAAAGCCGGAUUAAACAUUAAUUCAAAGUAUAAAAAUAUGACUUAGAAGUUUGUGUAUCCUCAGGCUAUGAUGUGUGUUGCUCACAGUAACCUUACCCUGCGAGUGCACAGGUGAUACCAAGCUGAAUAUAGCCCCCUUAUGGCCAGCUGGCCCUGCUAUUUAAAACAGUGAGCAGUGAUGGGGGAGGUGGUGCGGGCCGGGGUUGACGGUAACCAUCAGCAUUCUGAGGGAGCCGCAGACAGUUUUCCAAUCAGAUUGAGAUGCACCAACUUUGAUUUUUCUGCUGUCGCUGUUUUGCAUUUCAAGGAAACUUUAAGGAUUUCAAGGAAGUUUAGAAGUUUGAAAAAAUUAACUCAGCAACAGUAGAAACCAAGACAAAAAAAAAACAAGAUAAAAGUUGUAAAAAAAAUUUAAAUGAUAAAUAAAAACCAUGCCUGUGAUGGAAGAAACUUUACCAAGCGUAUGAGUUCAUUAUAAACACACCAUAAGAGUAGGCUUUAUCAAUUCUAUACGUUUGUCUGGUUUAGAUGACUUUCAUCAAGGACAUAGUGCUCAAAAAAACAUUGCGGUAUAGUUGUAGUGAUUGGGUAUCAAUCAAUCGCUCUGAAAGUCACCCAGUGUGUGUGUGUGUAUGAUUCAUCCCCGUAUCAGAUUUACCCAAGCAUCUUUGACAAAGGUCGAUUAUAUUGGAUGAGGUCAGCGCUGAAAACCGUUACCUGCACUCGUCCCAUAAAGGUUGCUCAUUAAAGGACUGAGUCACUGUUUCAGAGCCGGUCCCUGUAGUUCAGAAAGUGUCUGAGAACAGAUUGUGUCAUUCAUGCUGCUGCUGUGAGUUUGUUCUGUUUGUGUGUUGUUUGCAUGUGGCAGCCCCCCCCGAUCGCCUGUAACAGUGAAUGAACGGCAACAGCUGAGCAGGAGAACUUUAUCGGCCACACUCCCUGCUUGUGUGAGUGUGUGUGUGUGUGUGUGAGAGAGAGAGAGAGAGAGGGAGAGAGAGCUUCAGGAGGAGCUGCAACCAGAGCAGUCUCUCCGGGCACUCUUCUCUGGCGAGCUCACUGCCGUCCUCUCUCUACGCCACUGGCCUCUUUUCAGAUUCCUUCCCCUACGGCUCUCCUGCUUUCUCAUCCACGUCUCACCCCUGUGGAUUUCUCUCUUUCCGUCUCUCCGGGCAGCGGCUCUGUCGUGACUCGCCGGCUGCCACUGCAAGGGAAGGAGAGAGCAGGAGGAAGAAGAGAAGGAGUGAGACAGACCAAUCGAUUACUCAGAUACUAAAGAGAGAAAGCACUUGGAGAGGAGAGGCGAGGCAGUCGCAGCGUUUUUCUUUACACGUUUCCGUGCAAGAGGAUUCUCUGUCACUUUUACUACAAUCUUCUGAAGCAUUUGAAUCACGUCCUUCCUUUGGAUAGAGGGGACAGUUAAGUGAAGGGACAGCUGGUGCAGUAUUGACACCCCGAGGACUCUUCUUUCCUCUCCUGUUUAGCCAAAAACUGCAAAACAUUUGGGAGUCAGGAGGAGGACCGCCUUUGAAGAAGAAGUCCAAUGUUUAUCAGAUAAUUACUCUUCAGUCUGAAUGAUAAUGCUGGACACCAACCAUUGCCUGUCGUUCGAACCCUCCCCCCCGGGUUCUCCUCCAAUGGGAGACGACAUGGAGAAGGCAGCACUACUGAUGGAUCAUGAAAGACAAGUCUACCACAGCCUGAAAGAAGGUGGGCGAUCUGGAGGUGCAAAUGAUACCUGAUAUGAUUUGUGUUUGUGUCCGUUAAGGUUGACAUCCGCACUUUAUUGUUUCGCAUGAAUAGCAAACAGGGCUAAAGAUAAGUAAUUUGGUUAGCAGGCUCGUAAAGGAAGGAAGUUCAAGUGGUUAUGCUUUCUCUGAUAAACCUGUUCAAUGGAACAAAGUUGACCACGGUGGUAAAUUGAGGAACUGUUAGCGACUACAGCUGUACCAAAAAAACCCCUCCUGAGAUGUGAAAGUCUCAUUGUGUUAUCAUUUAAUGUUGGAGAUGCUCCACUGAGCUUUUAGGGGCACAAAAAAAACCUAAAAACUUUUAAAAUUAGUUUAAUGUUUGCCUCUUUGAGGUAUUUUAAAUAACCGCCAUGUUUACUGGAGACAUCCUCAUUAUCUCUGAAUUUGCUGUCUGUUAAUGACUUCAAGGAUGAUGUGAAAUUAGUUAGUUACUACCAAUAGUCAAGAACUAAGGCUGACCCAGUAUAAGAUUUUUACCUCACAGUUACCGUGGCAAUAAGUCAUCAUCAUAACCGAUAUUAUCACAAUACCUAAAUUAAAACAACAAUCAAAGUAAAAUUGAGAAAAGGCAAAAGGUUUGAGCAACAAAAUAUUUUUAAAAAUACUCCAAGUCUGUAGAUUUACCUAAUAAACACAAUCAACUUAACUGUCGUCUAAAGUUUAUGAUUUAUCCUCAUAACUGGCUUUUAUUUAUUUUGAUAUAUUUCAAAUAUUUUCAAACUACCCUUUUAUUGUGUGUAAGCUACCUUCAGCAAGCCAUUUAAAUAAAAAGAAACAGUUAAAAGGAAGUUGCUCAAUUAAUCAAUAAUUCAAGAAGUCAUCAGCUCCAGGUUAAAAAAACAAAAACAAAUGCUACUAUCCAGAGCGAGCUGUAAUUUUUCAGUUCUACAGUCAGCAGUACCGUGAUAUAAAAACAGGGAACAACCAUGAUAAUGUGCAUGUUAAAGGUUAUUCACCAAGACUACGAUAGCAAACCAAAAGUUACUUUUUGUGUGCAUUUUCUGUUAACAUUUAGAUUUGAACACAAUAGCUGAACAAUCCACAAGUGUAAAAACGGAUGGUCCUAAAGGGUCCACUUGAGGACCAAAGGCUCCAAAAACCAAAGAAACCCAGUCAACACCCGCAAAUAACAACUUUUUCGGAACAGGGAUAGAAAAUUACAGCUAAAGUUAAAUGCAAUUCAAAAAUUUGUUUGAUUCGUAUGUAACUCUCAUCAUGUGACUUCAUAACUCCUCUUCAAAAACCAAAGGCAGACUUUAGUGAGGCUAGAUUCCUGUUUGCUACAGUUUAUGAUAUUUCUCACUCUUUACUGUCACCAGCAGACUCACAAGAAAGUGUGAAGCCAGAAUCAGGUUUACUGGUAGUUUGUCAGAGUUCUACUUCAGCCAGCCAUGACCUCAGGCAUAAGAAAAAUGGAGCUGUAGAAAUAAUGUUGGAAUGAAGCACCAGUGCUUUUGCUGGCAUGUUGCUGAAUUUCUCAAGCUUUCCAGCGUGAAAUGUCAAACUACUCAGAAUCACAUUUUAUCUGCAUCAAACUUGAGUGGCUUUUCUAAACAAAACACAGCUUUAGCUAUAUGUCAGAGCCAAUGUCAACCCUCUUUCCUCUUGUAUUGACAAUUCGACUAGUUGAUAACUUCUCACAGUGAUAGCUAGGGCUUAAAAUAGUUGAUGAAACCACUUAACUAUUGACAAGGUGGUGAAUAAAACUGGUUUAGAUCUUAUAACAUUAAAGGGAACAAUCACCAUCUAGAUUCAAUAUACAAUAAAGACAAAUUAUCACAAAAAAGAAACCUAGUUAUACAUGUUUGUUUGUGCAGGAUAUCUGCUCAAAUUCACUGGAACUGAGACGUGACCACUGCAUGAAAAACAGGGGAAAAUGUUGCCUAAUUUGGAAAAGUUCACACCAAGUCCAACUAAAAAAUGAGCCUCAGUUUGUUUAUAUCCAACGUUACAAGAGUCAGAGUCAUGCUCGGCCGAUGACAGAAACAAAACAUUUUUGAAAUGUUGAAGUGGUUGGAAAGGAGAUAAAGUGGAAGGAGUUUCUACAGUAGCAACAGCAGAAAUGUUUCACUGUUACUGUGCAUAUAUUAACUGCAGCUGACAGCUUAAAAGUCAAACCAAACCUGCUUUCUGCUAACUGCUAACCUCUGCUAAUUUCCUCCACUGAGGCAGGCGUCACAUCCAGAGAAAGAGAGUGACAGGAGCUGCAUAAAGCCACGAAAGCUCUGAGAGUGCCACUCUCCUUCCUUGAACUUUUAAGAUAAUUAGUAUUCACUGCAGCCCUCUCUGCUGUCAUUAGUUUCCCCGGCACACUGCGGCGUGCUGAGGCAGUGUGACUGAUUUCAAGGUGCGAAUAGCCUUCACCUCCUGUUGUUCCUGCUCUGCGGCCACAUUCUGCGCUCAGGCCGCAUGUACGACCUAACUGAGCAACUGCGCUUAUGAUGAGCUCACACUGGAGAGCAUCAACAGGCUUUCCAAACAGAACAUUUCCAAUGACAAUGCCAAGUGUACAGUCCUCUGAGAGCGUCUGGUGUUUGUUAGGUGGGUCUGUGACGCUGCUAUCGUGCUCCUGUGUGGGCAUGGGGCAUUCUGCCUCCGUGUGUGCCGCUGUAAUGGUCUGAGUGCGUAGGCUUAGCUGUGCCAGGCUUGGGGGUCUUUGGGGACAGUGAUGAACUCAGACAUGUUUAAUCAGAUCUUGUGACACAUGAGCACAGCAGGAUUAGCCUAGUUGGCCAGUGGGAACUUGGCUCUAUCUCGCUGACCUCCUCCUUUUUCCCUCACUGAGGGCUCUCUAACCUUAAACAUAAUCCUGGGACUCCACGUUCCUCGCUACUUUUACAUUAUCCAGAGUCGUCAGGGAUCCCUAACUUCCAACUUUGAGGAGUUGGUUAGCUAAAAACUAAAUUCAUUUUUGUCUCAAUUGAAUAACAUCCAUAUAUGUCGCCAUUGAACCUGUUGAAACUGAAACUUUUUUUUGUAAAUUGUUGAUAAAACUGGAUUAUUUCUUAAAACUGCUGUAAUUUUUUGUUGAUUUGGUGACCCGAUUGGACAAUAUCAUAUCUCUUAUCUCUAAGCUGGGCUUGUUAUAUACUUUCUGGGUAGUGUUUUAAGAUAAAAAAAACAAUCCUCCUCUCUUUCUCUGUUAAUUAUAUCACUUAUCAAGACUAUCAGAGUGCUGUUAAUCUCCUCAUUAGACUCCCACCCUGCAGUAGGAGUUUCAGGCAUUGAAAUAACUAAAGAAAAAGUCUGUCUUUGUUCUUAUUGGCUUAUAACCCUUCACAGGAGCUAGACAGCCAGGUGUCUUACAAGCACUAUGGAGGUAACUUUCUUUUUGCAUACAGUUUAGUCUUCAUGGCGAACACAGGAGCAAAAUCAGCUGUAAGACUUGUGUUUUCAGUUGAAGUGUUGUUGACGGGAAAAGGUCAAACUGUCCAUAAACUGGAUUCAAUCCUCUCACUUUCAUGCUUUACUUCACUUGGAAUACAUGUGUGUCUUCACUUUUAUCAGACAUUGAUUAGGUCACUGAAGCACACGUCAUGACAGCAGUGACAUGAUGGUUAACAUUAAACCUACAUGUCUGGUCAGCUUCUGUAAGCUAAUUUUGCAAAGUGUUAAGUUAGAGUUGAUCAUUGUAGAUAGCUCCAAAUCAUACACAACUUCUUCACUCAACUUGAAAACUCCUCGUGAUGCCUUCCUCCUCACAGGAGCCUCAAGUGUGUCGUUGUCGUUGUCAUGCUCUUAGCGUGUCUUAACAGUAAUGAACUCAGAUUUGGUUUUUGGUGAAUUUUGAUGAGUAUUCUCUCUUGUUAAUAUAUGUAGUUUUGAGUUAUUUUCCAAAAUUAGCCAUUAGACGAGUUAAAAUCACAUCAAAAAGGUUAAUUUAUUAUUGUAUCUUUAAUCAUGACCAACAGGUUGUCUUAAUAGCAAUAGAGAGAUGUCAAAAAAGCUCGUAUUGAGUCAGCUCAAAGUCCUUGAAACGGGCAGCAGACUUUAAUGCAGCAUUGUGUUUUCCUCUUCUUUAAGCAGUGGCUGUAGCCUCUGUCGAUCUGUCUCCCUCGCUCUCUCUCUCUUUCUCUCUCUCUCUCUCUCUUUCUCUCUCUGCGCUCCCUCGCUCUAACUUUUUAUGACUGCAGAGGCCAGAUCUGGCAGUGGCCUAGUAUCCCAAUAAAACUGCCCUGCCUUUUCAUCCCUUUUCUUAAAUUAACCAUAAAUGGCCUUCUAACCUAGUUUAAGGUGAAAGCAUUGUCAUAUUUAAACACAACUGACAGCUGGCAUGUCUUUGUCACUAGUACUGACUGUAUUUACAUGAUCUGAGCAUGAAAAGAGGUUACUAUGAAUAAUCACCUCAAAUCCUGUUUUUCUGCACUGCGGUAAUAAUCAACUUUGGAUGCAGCAACGUUUUUCAGUUUGCCUUUUUUGAUCUGUUAAAGAUGUAAUGAUCUUUCCUCAAAUAGCUUUAUAUUUAAUCCUCCUCACUAGAGCACUUGGACUGAAAUGAAUCUCUGCUCUCUUUCUAUUUAAUGAAGUUGAUUUAGACUCCUAUACUUGUUAUCUGUUAAUAAUUCAGCCCUUGAUCUGGUUUGUCGGCCCACAGUUUCAACACCACUGCAGCUUUUCACACACUGACACCUCCACCAAGACAUUUGAGGCGUCAGUGUGACACUUCUGCAUUUCAGACCUCUGAGAAAUUGUUUUUAAUGACGGCUAAACUCGUCAUUUUUAUGUCUCUGUACACCAUUAUAUUUGCUCAGUUGUUUGAUGCCGGCAAAGGCGAGGCAAUGUGGCAGCUGGCCUCAAUGUCUAAGUCAAGGAUUUCUUCUGAACCCUGGGCUAGAAAUAAGAGAUAAAGAGAGAGAGGGCAGAAGAUUGAGUAAAUAAGCUAAUGACAAAGUUUGUUCGUUGUGGGAGAAUACGAGGAGGGAGCAAGGAGAUGGGAGACUUGGAUCGAGGGAAAGUGUAAGAUUCCCUCUCCCAGAAUAAACCUAUUCCCUGGAAGUGCCAAGUGUCUGGGCCUCCACUCUUGCCAUGGCACGGUCAGAGUGUGUUUUUGUGUGCGUGUGUGUGUGUGUGUGUGUGUGGGCUCAGGCAACACGUGAGUCCCUUUAAGUGUUUGCCCGUGUGUUUGCCGCGAGGGGAAUAUUAAUCUCUUAACUGCUGCACUGCUGCGGCAUACACACGAACGAGCUUGGCCGUGUUUAGGUCUCUGUGUUUACCUUGCUGGAUGUGAAGCUGACAUGUUAUUGCUUCCAGAGGGGAGUGUGUAGUGCCGCUCUGAUCCUCCACGAUGAAGAGCGAGCACACUCUGUAAAUAAAACAGAGGGGAGCUCGGACCGCCAGCGAGGACGCAGAGCCAAGGGAUGACAUUUAGAUUCAAAGAGUCUGACGUUAUUUCAUAGAACUCGAGGUGUUUCAGUCCAGACCCGGAGAGUUUGUCAUAACAGAGAGCAGCAGCUAAGCUGGAUGGCUAACAGGCCCUGCUAGCUAGCUUAGCUGCAAGCACCAAUGAUGUCAUUCAGUUAGUGAGAGGGAACAGGUGCUGCUUGUGUAGCAGACACAAACCCGGCCUGAAAUGCUCGGGACGCCUCGGUGGUGUGUUCCACUUUACACACACAUACACACACACACACUCACAUACCCCCCUCAAACAAAGACAGCUGGUGCGUUUAGACCAGGAGUCUCAGCUGAGUGGAGCUGAACUGAAUGUCUGUGAAAAUAGUUCUCAGUUUUAAAAUGGAAACAGGCUGUUGCCAAGACGCAGGGUGGAAGUAUAGUGCCCUAUCAGUUACUGAUGGACCCGAGUGUCUGCUGAGACAAACCUCUAACUCUUCUGUACAUACUUGUCAUAGUGGUUGACGUGUUUGUAGCUGGUUAGCUGUCUGAGUGGCUUAGUGAAAGGCCCAACAAACCUUAAUCUCUGCGUCUCUUAGGGCUGGGCGAUAUGGCCUCAACUCAAUAUCACGAUAUAUAUUGCAGUUCACCUUGAUAAUGAUAAAUGAAUGGUAACUACUCCAUUGCGCCCCCCACGCAAAAAAAGGUUAGCCAAUAGAUGGGGUUGUGGCAGUUAUAUUGAUAGUAUGACUCUCCUGGACCUAUUUAUUGCAAAUUUUUUGCCACUUUUAAGGACUGUUGUUACGGACUGGAUGGGGUGGAGUCACAUCUUUGAUGUAGGACAGUGUCUUAAAGGAACAUGAGACCAUAGCCUACCUACACACAUCCAAAACUAACUUUUAUUUAUCUAUUUUUUUGACACCAAAUAUACCGAUAUGGGCAAAAUGACGUUGGUUGUUGUCAUAAAUUUCGGUAUCUGUAAAUUUACAGUUUAUCGCCCAGCCCUAGUGUCUCUUUCUGUUAUCAUAAAAUGUUUUAUAUAUAUUUUAUUUUUUUGGUGGGGGGAUGGUUAGUCAAAUUCAAAUAAAAGGAGAGAAAAACAACAUUGUGAUGCUGACCUCCUCUCUUUAUUAUCAUUUGCGGCAUUGGCCAUUGAGAAACUGUAAUCCAUCGACCACUGAGGAGGUUUAUUCUGCUCGAUGAUAAGAUUUUAAAAAUGGAAAAAUAACAUCAGAACAUGCAAAAGUUUCAAUACUGCAGGAUAAAUGGAAUAUCCGUCACAUUUGUAAAAACCUUAAUAUAUCCCCCUAAUUUUUAAAGAAUAAAACAAGAUAAAUGAAGUGCAGUGAAAACUAAAAAGGAGAACAAAGAAGUGUGAGGUUUUGAGGCUGUGUUGAUAAUUUGGUCAUAAAUUGUGGUUCAAAGUUCUCACAGUUUGCAUCACUCGUACUCUUUAAGAGGGAGUUCUCCAAAUUAGAUCGCUGAGUGGAAAAAAAAAAGUUCACUUCCUUGUUUGUUUAGUUGUUUGACUUUUGAAAACAGUCUACAGAGGAUCUUAUGACCUUGGAGAAUUAUGUAAAGUGUUGACUUUCAAGUGGAAUCAAAUGAAAUUAAAUUUGGAAGGAAUAAUCUGGUGAGCUGGUUGUUUCGUGAAAUAAAACCUAGACAGGAUUCUAAAAGGAGGGGGUCCUGUGAGAACAACCCACUCACCAUACAUUAUUCCACUAAUGCAUGAUUGUUAUAUUGGUUUGAGUAGAUAAACACCUUUAAAUGAUUAUGUUGUUACCCAGUGUGAGAGGCACCUUCUCUUAACUUGGCCUCAUCAUUCUGCCUCCAUGCAAAUGAGGCCUCACAGGGGCAUCACCUAAAAUGUGAGCAUGAAAGAAUCAACAACUUCACACAGCUGUAUAAUGAGGAGACAUGAGGAGCUAGUGCAGGUUAACCCACAAUGACAGAUGCACUUGCAUGAUUCUGUAGCAGAUCACAUGUCUGUUAAAACUCUGUCAGGCUGGAAUUUGGUUUAACUUCUAAAAGUAUUUUCAUGAUUGCAACCGGUUUUACAAGAUGUCCUAGAGGUAAAAUUUGGUGUGCAGAAAGGUCAGACAUCAUCCAAAUCCUUCUGUCCAGUGCUGUGUUCCUUAAAACUCUCUCUCUGUACAGCCUGUCUGUUAUGUAACAAACAUACUUCCUGUUUUGAAAUGACAGAGCGAUCAGGCCAUACUCUAUUUUUUUUUCUCACCUACCCUCAAAGCAAGGCAUCUCAUGUUCCAGUUAGCAUUUAUCUAUUUUCUAUUGCUUACUCAUUCUCUUCACCUGCAAUCUCUCCAACUCGUGUUCUGGUAAAUGAUGAUUUUUCACACACACACACACACACUUAGACACACACACAUCUGUAUACUCUUGGUACACAGAGAUGAAAAAAACCCAGAAACAGGAAGUGUGUAGUAAGCUGCACACCCUUCUUGUACCCGCCUCCUGCGUAGCUUCACAGAAGAAGAAGAAGAAGAAGGGGGAAAUGGGAGGAUGAAUUGAGUCCUCUUCAUUAAUUCAUCUGUGUGUCAGUGUGUGGAUGUUUAUCUAACGUGGCAGACGGACUGCUGAGCGCUGGACAAUAAGAGAUGAUAUAGAGGCUUUAAGAGCUCAGAGCUCCAACGCUGCGCUUUCUUAUUCUCACCGGCGCUCACUGACUCUCUCUUCUCCUCUUUCUCCUCCCUCCCUCCUCACCUCCUCUUUCUCCAUGCAGUCCUCCAGCUCAAACUCCUGCAGAGACGCACACGAGAGGAACUGGUCAGCCAAGGGAUCAUGCCACGUAAGUCUUUGCUUCGAGUCUGUGAUGCUCAUGAGGGUUCAGGUGGGCUCUUUUCUACAAACUUGCUCUCUGCAUUGUCAGCAUGUAGAUCUAGUGGGUGAUGCACAUGCUCAAUGAACCCGACCGAAGAACUCAAGCUCACUCAGUCUCACCCUAAGAAAGUUUUUUUGUUGAUCAUGUGAAAUUUCCCAGUGUUUUGACUCUUUCUAAAUCAUAAUAUGACAGCUAGAGGAGUGAGAGUUCAUACCUAAACUUAUCUGAUUAAACUUGUCUGCUACACAGGAUAGAAUUCUGAAUUUUAUCUGCCUCCGGAGUUUAAAAUCAACUUUUACAAAGACUGAGACUGCUGAAAAUGUCAGCCGCUAUCUGCUUUUGCGAUCUGCGGGAGUGUAUAUGCGUUGUGCAUGUUUCAAAUUUGGUUGUGACUUUGCACCACUUUGCGUUAUCAAAUAGGGCAGCUUCCUCUUCUCGCGUAUCCACUUCCUGUUUCACAGUUCCGCACAUCACAAGAGCAGGAGAUUGAAGUUUUCAGAACUUUCUUCAGUUUUUGCUUAAAACAAAAAGAUGAGUGGUAAAUGAAGGUGGAAAUAUUCUUGUUACAACCUUUCCACACAUGCAGCUCCUGAAAUAUCCUGAAAUGUCUUGGCGGGGCUGCAUGUGUGAACACAAACCGGCUUCAUUUUUCUUUUUAUUCAGCCUAAUUUAUCUGAACUUCCCCAGUUAAGGUGGAAAUGCAGCAAUUGAAAGUUAGAAAAAUACACAACCGCUGUGUAUCCUGCAACAAGCGCUCUGCACUCCUCACGAACUUCACAUAACAAGGCUGCACAAGUGGGCCCUUUUAUAUUACCAACUGAACUUCCCCUCAACCUUGCAGAAGGUAAAGAGGCAGACUUUAAGUUGGCCUUAAGGUUUCAAGCUAGCAUCAUAAUGGAGAAGUUUGAACCUUAAUAUCUUAAAAACUGUUGGGUUAUAAAGGAUUCACCUCUCCUUUACUGUUCUUGAAUAUAGAAAUAUUAUUUCUAGACCAGAACCGAUUUCUGAACCAGGCUACAAACUGAAGAUUAACAAAUACUUCAGCACAGUUUGAGUGUUAGGUGACAGCUUAAAAAGGUAACCAAAGGUAUCUACAGCUGUUGAUAUCUCUAAUAAUAUUUAUGGUGGCCCUAAGGUGACAGGUUAGUAUUUUGCACAUAAUGAAAGCUUACACGUGCCAGCAAUAAGCUUGAAUGUAUUAGCUUCACGGAAGUAAAUCAGAGUGCAUGAAAACAGGCAGCAAAACAGUUAUUUGCUAUGCUAGUUAAGCACAGCUAAUCAAAGGAAGAGGGAAACAGCUCUCCUUUACCACCAACAACUUCACUCAUCUAAGAAUCGUUAUUCUGAACAUCAUCAAGAGUUUGGGUAAGAAUGAAAAAGUGCAAAAACCUAUCAUUCAACAUUAGCUCCAGCAGGCUGACGAUGUUCUUGAAUCUGUGUCGGUAUCGGCCAAAAUGAGUGAAAAUAUCAGCAUAUCAAUAUCAAACAUGAGCAAAAACCAAAUAUCAUGCAUCCUCUUAAAAAAUAUUUACUUUUUUGGUCUGAAAGUUGUCUUUUUUUUUGAAUGGGUGCGUAUGUGCCAUCAGUGUUUCUGCAGGCUCUCAAGCAGCAGCAAAGACAGAUGCUUUUGACUUUUUAAUUCUCAAUGAUCCAGUUAAAAUGAAGGUUAUGAGUUCUUGUCAUUCAUAGACAUUCGACACAUGAACUUACAGGGGACCAGUGCUAGACUGACAGAUCAGUAUCAGCCUCUCAACCAUCUCAUCAACCUGAAAAUAUUUCCAUGUUGGUCAGGUUCUGGUGGGGGGGACAUAACUUACUGCAAAUCCUUGAAAUCCCAGCUGUUGCACACGAGCACAGCUGAGUGGAUGGUAAUAAUAUUAUUGUUAAGAGAGCACUUCGCUCAGCUAUAGAGGACGCUCAGAGUGCCGGGGACGGACAAAGGGUCAGUGUUUACCACAGCAUCGAAUCCUCACACUGGUUUCGCAGACUGGAGGUGGUGUGAAUGAACAGCUCUCCUCUUUUUUCAUCCUUGACUCAUCACAGUCUAGCAAGACAAGUAAAUGCAAAAGUUAACAAUGAUGAUAGGAUUUUAAUGCCACAUGUGUAAAUAUGCAGUUUAUUCUGCAGGUUGACAUUUAAAUCAGAAUGAUAUACGCUUGUGUCAGAUGAUAGUUGGAGGAUGACUUGACCAGUUGUCUGCUCCGUUCAGAUCUUUACAGCAAGUUAUAUCACAACUGGUAUGUGGGUCUUCCUCUUCUUGACAGUGAGUAGGGGGGGUGAGAGCAUGAGGAAUGCCUCCCACCCUCACCCACAGUCAUCUGAGGCACACAUACAGAGUGGACGCCCUGCUGUGACUAUCAUGUCCACACUCAGUCACACACAGCUGGGAUUUCACCAGCUCUUGACCAAUCGAACAGGCGCUGCGUUGCAUCACCGUAACUGCCACUGUCCUCUCAAUAUCCUUCCUUAAAGACAGAGGACAUUUUUGUUUGUGUCAGAUCGAGGCGGUCAAACUUUCACAACUUGAUGAUGUUAGAAACCGACUGUUGAGGAAUUUAUAAGAUGGUUCAUCUAUGAAGGCCACAAAAGGUAAAAAAAAUAAACGUUUUUGUACCUGACAGGUUUCGGCUACUUUGCCUCUGCAGCGAAACAUCACGUGACACCUCUGAUGAAGGCUGUAGAGGCAAAGUAGCCGAAGCUUGUCAGGUACAAACCUUUAUUUUUUAUCUUUCUGGCCUCUAUAGAUGAACCGUCUUAUAAAUUGAUCAUCGACAGGCCGAAUGAACCUCUUUAGUAUAGACUGUUGGGGAACUUUUUAAAAAUAGAAAUCAAAAUUCCAAAUAUUCAACAAAGAUGUACAAAAGUAAACAGGACCAUCAGGAACAAGACUGAUGAUUCAAAUUCAAAUUCAACUUUAUUUUUAUGGCACUUUUCAGACAAGAAGUGCAGUUCAAAGUGCCUCACAGAGGCUAAAAACAACAAUAAAACACGACCCUCCCACCCACACACCCACCCAUGGACCCACAAGCACACACAGACACACACCCACCUUCACUCGCUCACCCACACAUACACACACACACAAGCACACACAUUGUGAGAAUUUAAGAUAUAUUGUUAAAGAGGCAUGACCUGACACAAAUAGAAAAUGAUAAAAGGAAAGAGUAAAACCUGAUGGACUAAAACAAGAAAACAAUAUUAGAUGAACAGAUGUGUAAGAGCUCUUUACUAUAUAAAAAGGGGUAAAAGAAGUAAAAACCUAUGACAGGAAUUAAGAAAAAGACUAAGAGCAGAGAUAAUUAAUUAAAUGACAUAAAAUGAACAAUAAGAACUUCGAUUAAAAUGAAGCCUGGUUAAAAAGGUGAGUCUUAAGCCUCAUCUUAAGAACAUCAACAGUAAUUUUUUUCAAUGCCUGAAAUCAUCGGAGGGUUAUUUGACCUGGUAAAGUAGGUGCAGCGUAGUGUGCUGCUGAAACUAACGUUUUGUUUUUGUUUUUUUUUUUUUUUUUUUUCUACAGCUGAAAAGAUUUCACAGUGAGUUUAGCGAAUGUAAAGAGAAAGCAUGCUGCCGUCCUUUGUUCAAAAUAACUACACAUACAUGAUCAGAAGAAAAUCAGCGAAGUAUUUAUGUCCACAGGAGGUGCCGCAGUUGACACAGACUGAGAGUCGCUUGCAGAAGCUUUUGCAAAAUCAUUAAGAAGUCUUUUUAAAACAUUUAAACUGGGGUGUGAAUAGAAACAAUUAAAAACUGAAAGUUGCAAUAAAGUUAAGUUUAAAAUUUUUGAACAUUGCCAGUUAAAAAUAUGAGUUUUGUGACUUUUAUGAACAGUCUUACUUCUUACAAGUCUAAUUCAAUACAGAGUCUGAGCUGAAUGUGGCUGGAUAAAAAUAUAUACUUGAAUGUUUUUUUUUUACAUUCACACCUCCACCCAUACACCCAGUGUACUGCUGACAGUCAUAGCCGAGUGCAGUGAUGCUUUAAUAUUUUCUUUGCACGCAGCAGUCCGCCCAUCAGUCCACUCUCUCCUGUUUUAUUUUCAUGUUUGUUCAUUUUUGAACGACCCAGCCCGGAUUACUAAACAUCAAGUACCGAUGUCCACGAUACCCCUUGCAGAUAUCAUUUUUCAGACAUGCUGUAAUGUAGACAAGUACCCCUUUAAAAGAAGUUUCUAAACGCAGCAUAAAGGUCUGUGCACAGAUGUAGCAUUAACUGGAUUAAAAUAAACACAUAUCUAUAAAGAAACAGCUGUUUCAACACUGAAAAAAGAGCCACAAAGACCAAAAGGAGGCGUAGUAUUUAUACUUUUAUAUUCAGCUGAAGCUAAAAGGAAACAAAUGUUUGACAACUCAAUGAAACAUUUUGACCAGCUGAACUCCCACAAUGCAGUUUGGUACAAAGUGGCUAAUGCACAGCUGAGGUAUGGUUUGGGAAAGCUCUGGUUUUGGUUAUAGUAAUGAGGUCUUGUAAGGUUCGUUCACAUAUUUGCUCCCUUAUAACCCAAAUGACAUAAACUCAGCCACAGCCACCGACUAAAGCUCAACACUUCCUGCAGCUGCUUCACUGUUACAGACACACAGAGUUCAGUCAUAGCACAUCCAGGAGCUUCACUACAAAACAACACGCCCAAAUACCUAAUGCAGUUACACCAUAAUAACUGAGGUGGCUUUUACUGCAGAGAAAAUUGGGCUUUAUUCCUGCACACACAGCACACUGACUGCACCGUCCCAUCGGCCUUCUGAUCUGUCAUCUCAGAGUGCGGUUCAGAAUCGCACUCCUGACCUCCACAUCCUGCAGUCACUUCUGCUUUGAGUCUGUCAUCCUCUAUAUCCGUGUCUGUGUUCUCACAUUGUCUCACAUUAUCACCCGCUGAAAGGAGCAUCACAGUUUCCAUUAGGGCCGUCUGAGCUGACUCCAUCUUUCUCUCCCUGCAUCACCCUCUCUCUCUCUCUCUGCAGCACUGAAGAGCCCAGCAGCUUUUCACGAACAGAGGAAGAGUCUGGAGCGAGCAAGGGUGAGUGUCCUCAGUGCGGCCAGUUUCCUGCUGUCUUGGUGAAAGGUUUUUGGUUACAGUUUAAGUGAACGGCUCGAAUCACAAAGCAUUGUUUGUAAGAGAAUCCCUCUGUCAGCAUAGACGUUUAUGCGAUUAUAAUCCUUGGAUAAAUGGCAGAUGGAUACUGUAUCAGCCGCAUAAAUAAAAGUACGGUCAAAGAAAGAAAGAAGCUUGACGGACCAUUAGGACUGCUUCACAUUGAUGUGAAAGUCUUAAUUACAGAAGUCGACUCUAUUUCAAACUACCAUCAUAAAAUCUUCAUUUAUGUUAUUACAUAUUUAUGUCAACUAAUACCUCUCUUUUGAGGAACAACAUCUUUCUUUUUGUUCAGGACUCACCAAAAUAACCUGACAACUGAUAAAAUCCUCUUUUGCAAUAACCAGGAUUCAGAUCUUCAAGGUUUAAGACAAGAACUUAAUUGAUCCAGACUUCUGGAUUAACUGACCUGGAAAGUCGACCCACAAGUUUUCAAAUAUCCAUGAGGUUGUUAAAAAGUAUUCAGCUCAAACUGAACCAGUUGAAUUUACAAGCUGUAAACUCUGUGAACUCUAAUGUAACCAAACAGGCGACUGAGAACGACACAGAUGAGUCACGGUAAAAGAAUGAGAGCAUUUUGAUGGACAGCAAGUUACAAAAAAAGCAGUUGCCAGCUGUGAUCUGCUUAUUUAAACACAAAAAAAAAGAUUUAUCACCAGUGUAUCAUAAUGUUCAGAUCACACACUCAGCUGUACUCUCAUUGUUCUGCAGACCGCACACAGGCUGGUGACUGAGUUACUAUGGUUACAAUUCCCCGUUUUGUCUGUUGCAUUCAAACUUUCUUUUGACUCCUCACUUUGCUGCUGUAUUAAAGAAUGAUUUAUAUUAAAAAAAAAUCAAGGUUCAAGUUGAGGCUUUUGCAAAUAACAUCCCUGAAAAACAAAUGAUUGGAACUAUUAUAUAUUUUCGCUUUCUAUUACAUAAAAGCAAUGCCUUUUGAAGUUCAAGUCAGCUGAAUGAGUUCUCAGAUGAGUGAAUUCAUCAGAGGACUCGUACAAGUUUGCUUAAGUAACACGCACAAACAGCUGAUGCCUCCUGUUCAGGAACUGAAAGUAAAAAACUGUUAAAUAAUUAUGCCACCUAUUUUAAACAAACUUUAAUUCCAGCGGAAACAAAGUAAGCAGUUUUGAAAAACAGCCUCUUAUUACUCAAGCGUAAGCAGAUCCUUUUUGACUGUUAUCCUGAUGAUCGAUGUACCUAGUCUGUGUGCUGAUGUAGCAUUUCUCUCAAUCCAACACAUCUUGACUUUGAACACGUGUUUUAUUCAGACUGAGGACUAUCUGAAGAGGAAGAUCCGAAGUCGGCCCGAGCGCUCAGAGCUGGUUAGGAUGCACAUUUUGGAGGGUGAGUUCGUACCUAAAAGUCAACCUCAUUUUCUGAAAUCCCUUUAAGAUAUGAAGUACAUGAAACUACAUUUAAAAGGAACUGUUCUCCAAAACGGAAGCACCUCCAUGAGAAAAAUUUCUUGUAUAGUUUUGAUAUAAAAUUCUUCAGUCUGCGUUGACUAAGUGAAACUUUUAUGUCCUGCUCUUACUCAUAGUUAGAGGACGCUUCAGUGUGGUGCAGUUUUCUUGUUUUUGCUGCAGGUCUUCAUAAACCUCACCACGAAUAAAUCUGUGAAUGUCCCAUCUGUGUCCUCCACAGAGACGUCUGCAGAGCCGUCCCUGCAGGCCAAGCAGCUGCAGCUGAAGAGGGCACGACUGGCCGACGACCUCAACGACAAGAUCUCCCACAGACCUGGUCCCAUCGAGCUGGUUCACAAGAACAUCCUGUCUGUCAGCUGCCCUGUGCACUCACCACUGGGUAACUGCGAACACACACACACAAUUAUGACUCACACAUCCACAACUCACGUAUAAACACACAAACACCUUGUUGUGCUGUAACAGCCACAUAUGUCUCGAUGCAUUUGUUGAGUUUUCAAAAUCCCCAGAACAAUAAAACCCACAUUUAGGAAGAACGCUGAGUUGCUUUGGUAAAGAUGCACCAAAAACAUGCAGUACAGUCACUCAAAGAGACCAGAUUAUCAUGCAGACACAGCCCAGUGUGGACAAAGUGUGUACGCAAACAAACACAAAUUCGAACUUGAGUGUUAACAUAGAAGGCAGAGCCCCUGGCACAGGUGAAACAAUAGUUCAGCCAAAAUACAACAAUGUGCCGCAUAUUCAAACACAGAAAGAGGUGAAAAACACUGACUCAUUACAUAUCAAGACACACUUAAGACCUAAGAACAACAGUGCGAACUAGAUAACAGUAGAAAAAGCAAAAAAUGACGUCUGGUUGUGGUGUGAGAUUUUAGCAGAUGAAGCAAGGGAACAUAUAUCGACACCAUUUUUGACACCCUGUUCCUCCAUCAUAUCAGAGUCAUGCAUUUAAAGAACACUAUGUUAAACUUCAGGUAAAUAAACCCGGGUAUGCGCUAGUAAAGACUUCUCAUUGACCGGAUGAGGUGAGGGAGUCUGAGCGAAUCGGUCUUGAGCUGUUUGUUUAAACUUCACAAUCAUCAAAAUUAUUGUCAGCUGUCACCAGUAGCUAGAACGACUGCUAACUCUUCAUAGCAGAAACAGGUGGAACUGAAAGUUUUACAGUGAGUCACAGAAACUGUAGUUAACUUUGUAAACGCUAUGAAAAUCACCAAACAGGAAGACAGACCCUCCUAAGUCUUUGAGGCCCCCCCAGAACAGAAACUAUGUGUUAAAUACUGGUUUUGACCUUCGUUUAAAGUUGCAGAAGAUAUUUUUUUGAAGUUUGGUGAUGGUUGUGCUAAUCAACAGUAGUAAGCUGUUUGUAAUUUUUAAUCACCUCUGUUUGAAAGCAAGUAUAUUAACAUCAAUUUACUGCAUAUUAUCAAACUUUAUCCAGUAUUUCACACCACUGCUUUUACUCCUGGUAAUCUGUAGUCCAAACAAAGUCAAACUCGAUUUAAUGUUACUGCUAAGUCAGACUCUUUAAAUUCUGAUAGACAUGAUCAAUCUGAGCACACCUGCAGCUGUUGCAACAUCCAGGUAUCUACACACACCUGUAAUCCUGUAUUUUACAGAUUAGUUAUGGACACACUGCUUAGUAACUGCAGGUUGCAUCAUUCUACCAAAUGAGAUGCCUGAAAAACUUUGGCUAACAACAAAAAUGACACAACAUCAAUGUUUGGACAUAGCCCUGUGUCGAAACACGACAGGAUAUACAGUGUUGUAUAACUUCUCCAGAAUUAGUCAGGGGUGUUGAGCAAACAGUCAUGACUGCGCUUGACAGGGUAACACAUCGUGAGGAAGCUGCGGAUUGAACUGUUUACCCUCUGGCCUGUGACCUGAGCGGUCAUGUUUUACAGUUGCACCCGCCACAGACCGUCAAAGUAGAUCACCACGAGAUGUAGCAGGAAGUCUGAAGUUUUGUUUAGUGUAAAAAUAUUUGUUUGUUUACAGAUUCUCCAAAGGGAGCUGAAGGAGAGAGUUCAUCUUUGGAUGAGGACAGCAGCGACGCUCUGUCACCAGACCAGCUAACCAAUCACGACUCUCCUGUGAGCGCCGUACCUCAGCUGUCUCCACCAGACACACACACCCAGAACAGCGAUAUUUCCCUCACACAGGUAGCGACGCAUGAUGUCAUUAUAAAGUUCACAAAGGUUUAAGAAUAUUCUUAAUCAAAACACUAACAAGAGUGAUAUCCUCUCAGUUUCUUGCACAGCGCCCUCCUCCUCCACCUCCUCCUCCUCCACCUCCUCCCCAAGUGAACGGGUCAGACACCUCCCCCUUCCCAAAAAUGACUAACGGGACAGCGGUGACCAUUUCGAGCUCCCGCCCUUCUACAGGACAGAUCAAGGUGCAGAAACAGUCUUUAUUUGCCUCCUAAGAUCACAGAGCUGGAGUCGAACUUCCUGCAGAUUUGAUGACUUCUGAAUAAAUCUGACCUUAAUCUCUGUUUGUGGAGCAGCUAUAACUGGCUAACCCUCCCUCAUCUUUUCAUUUCCUUACUUCCUCCUCCCGGCCCCGUUUCUCACGCUUUUUGUCAGCAGUCUCAAACGAAGACGAGUUCAGAUCGGCCUCCUCAGAGACCCAAGAAACCAAAGGACAGCAAACCCAAGGUCAGCGAUCUCUCGGUUUCAUUUUCUCCCCUAAAGCAGUGAUAAGAGUUUGACAUGUCUGAUCUCGGCAUAUUUUACCACGAAAGCAGAAUCAGUGACGCCUAAAAAACACAUUUCUUCAGGCUGUGAUUUGUUUGUUAGAUUUAUCUAGGAAGUUUAUCACUCAUCUACCCCAUCAGGCGCCUCUCAAGUCCUCUGAGUAUGUUUACUGAUUUCGACUAUAAAAAAAGUCUCACGAGGAGAACCUCAUGUGAAAGAGGAAGAAAUUGUGUUCAGUUGUUGUUUCCUAGAAACACCAGAAUACUGACAUGUUUUUGUGAACUGAAAAUAGAUGCUCUUUCGCUGUAAUUACAUGAAUCCCGCUGAUCUUUACACCCACACUUACCAAAUGCACUUUUUUGUUGGCUUUAAAAAUGUCAUAAAUGAUCACCCUGUGUGGAAAAAUGGUGCAGAAUUACAGCCCCGGGCUUGUGCUGUCCAAAGUAUCAAGGAGUAUAUCUGACUCUCAGUCUUCCUGUACCCCUGGCUGCAGGUGAAGAAGCUGAAGUACCACCAGUACAUCCCUCCAGACCAGAAGGCGGACAAAGAGCGUCCGCCUCAGAUGGACUCGUCGUACGCGAAGCUCCUUCAGCAGCAGCAGCUCUUCCUUCAGCUGCAGAUCCUCAACCAGCAACAGCAGCACUACAACUACCACACCAUCCUGCCUGCGCCUCCUAAGUAAGUGCACAGUUUGAUGUUUAUGUAUGUGUGUGUUUGCCUGAAGGUUAAGAUGGAGGGCUGCAGAGUUCAAAUUGUGUGAUUUCACUUUGACACAUUGAAGUGUAUUCACACCUGUAGAUCAGGCCGUUCAUCAGUGAUCCUAUCACCCAGGACGGAUGUCGAUAUCUGGUGUAAACAGCCUCUUUAACUCCCUGACCUCUCCUGACCCUCCCUGUGUUGCCUCAUUCCUCCCUUAUUUGUGUUUUAAAAGUCUCUGGAGCCUAACACAAAAAGCAGAAGUAAUAUUACUUGCCAUAUUCUGUAAGAUGAUUCACUCUGUUGAGGUUCUGUGGUUGAACAAAUUUGUGGCCAGCUGAGAAACGCCCAGUCUUUGCUAUCGGUUAUUUUAAUCUCAAAGGUGAGGCCAAUGCAGAGCUCGACAGUGCGAGUAAAAAUAGAUGUGUGCGAAUUGUAAAUGUGUUUAGGGGAACACAUGCGCAUAAAAAAAAAUCUGCCGAGGCAACAAAUGUUUUUUAAUGUAAAUACCAUGGGGAAGUUAGUUUUAGGUUGGAUAAUUGGCGGACAUUCACUGCGGAUCUACCGGUGUCUUCUCACUCUCCAUAACAAGGAAUGGCAACAGCAGUGCGGUUAAAUCUACUCGGCAUCCUCGCUGUCAACGUCGCAUGUUGGAUAAGGGACCAUCUAUGAAUUACCAGUUGAUGUUUUCAAAAGAGACUGUUUUCCUUCAAUAGCUUCCUUGUCAUGUGACCAAUUGACCUAAAAUUGAUUUCAAAUAAUAGUGCUUAUGUCGACCAAUAAGACACAUAUUAUUUGAUCAAUUUUCAUUGUGCCCCUGAAGUUCUUUUGUGCUCCUUACUUUUCCAACUAAAGAGCACAUGUGCUCCUUGUGAAAAAAGUUAGUGUCAAGCCCUGCUAUGUCGUGUUUUUUUUUUUCUGUUUAUUGUUGAAGACUAAAAGUCAACCAUGUAAGGAGAACAAAAGUGUUAUUACAUAAAAUUAUCCUUAUUUCAGAUGGCCUUUUUUCCCCACUUUUUAAUCCCUCUAUAUGAAUUUUUCCAGCAUUAUUUUACCUGUUAGAUCAACAAAAGACCUAAGAUAUUUAUACAUAUUCUCCCUCCUCUUCAGGCCACCUACUGAGCAGCCCACCACAACCACUUCUGGACCUUCCCCCUCUCGUAGUGCUCCUACGACAACCUCGCCCGCCACCUCCAAUCAGAGCGUCAAUGCCCGUCAGAGCCAAACCGCAGUGGGCGGGGCCAAACCUAGCACUCUGCCGGCCAACCUGGAUGAGUUCAAGGUGAGUUUUAAUCGACAUCUUUGUCAGGUAGCUGCCAAGAAGAUUCUCAACUCAGUGUUUUUUUUUUUCCUUCAAACAGCUUCCAUUAACCUUGUUGCUGACUAAUAACUAUCACGAGGCCUUUGAAUGAUGACUCAAUGAUUUAAACACACACACACACACACAGUUUUUGAUGCACACGGAGAGGAAGCUUAACGAAGACUUGAAUUAAUUCAUGCUGCAGGAUUGAACCACCAAAUGAAAUAUUGAUCAUUUGUGAAGACCGUUUUGUUCUUUUCUGUCAGACCUGCUGGGACACAGACAGAUUGUUAUUGUUGAGCUAAAACUGACAACGUUCAGGUGUCAUUUGACAUUAUGGCAGCAAUCGGCCAAAACAGCCUUUAUCUACCGAGAGCUAAUUUCCUGAGUUUUUCUCUAAUCCUUUUUUUGAUCAUUAGAGGACCUCUCACAUCCUAUUUCAGGUCCCUGUACCUACUUUGGAAACCUGGGGGCCUUAUUUUGUCCCUCACUUUCUGUUUUUGUCUCUUUCAGUUACUCUGUUCUCUCUCACUCUCAGUCACGACCUGCUCACAGAGUCCUCGUCUGGUUUCUCAUCCUUUAGGUUGCUGAGCUGAAACAGGAACUGAAACUGCGUGGUUUGACCGUUUCGGGUACCAAGAACGAUCUCCUUGAGAGGCUCCGCAACUACCAGGAGCAAAACAACGGCAGCACAGCGGUUGUAAAGAAUGGCACAUCGCAGCCCAGCCAGCAGGCCAUGACCUCGGCUGCUGGCGCCGUCACUUCCUCCCCGACCACAACCACCACUCCUGAGCACCAGCCUGGGGAAGGAGGGUUUAAGUUAGCUCUGUCCUCAUUGGCUCAGGUGACUCCGGGGCGGGUUAUGCGGUUUGGAAGCACCAGUUCCAGCCCUCCGGUGUCGCCUUCACCAUCUGAGAGGUCUCUGGCCGGGAUGAGCCCUGACGAGACGAGCUGUAACGGGGACAUGUUUGGAGAGAUGGUGAGAUGAUGGUUUCCUGCUACAACAGGAAAGCCUGACAAAAUAUCAGGAACACUUUAUUCGGCGCCUAUCUCUAUAACGCAUCAUAAAUAUAUAGCAAUAAUCACAUUAUGAUAAUCUCACACAUUAUAAAGUAUUUUAUCAUGACUUACAAGGUCAGAUAUUGUUAUGUGUUAUAACUGUUAACAACUCAUUGACAAUGCCCACAUAGAUAAUGCAAUGCAACUGUUGUUAAACAGUUAUAACACAUUAUAAAACCUGACCUUGUAAGUCAUGAUAAAAUGCUUUAUAAUGUGUUAUGAUUAUUGCUAUAAAGCAUUAUGAUCAUUUAUGAGUGUUUGUAACUACAGUUAUACAGUGCUAUAACGUGAUUAUAACACAUCAUACAUAUAUUUAUACUGCGUUAUAGAGAGAGGCGUCAAAGUGUUACCAACAUUUCCAUGAUAUUGAAGUGAAUCUUAUAUGCAUCCAUGUAAAUCAGAGUCCUUAAAGAGUGUUUACCAUCAUGUUUAUUAUGUAGAGUAAACUGGGCUGAGUUAUUUAUAACAUCAAAACUGGUACAUCCCUUAUACUUCAUAUCAGAGUGAUCCUUAUUAAAUAGCUCUGCUGACAUCUUCAAACUCUCUUAUUCGGUUUGUCUCUGAGCACAAAGGUCAGAGUUUGCAGAACACGUACAUAUAAGCUGCUUAGCUUGUAUGCCAUCCUAUCUUUUUUUUUAGAGCUAUAAAUGUCAUGCUAAGCGUUGGCUUUGUGGCAUUAGCCAGUAUGAUAUUAUUACAUGGUCAAACCCUCUCUGGCGAAAUGAAAACAGCGACCUUUAAAAACACCCACGGGCCUCGAAAUCAGGCGUGGAUGAGACGAAGACAGGGUGAAAAAAAGAGCCAAACAGCUGCAGUGGUAUUAUCAUAUAAGAUGAUUUAAACAGAUUUUUAAGAUGUUCAUUAUUUCAAAAUUAAGAUCCUGAAUGAUAGAUAGUUAACGGCUGAUGUUGUGUUUAUGUUUUCAGAGGCUCCACUGGUUCAGAAAUGUUCAUAAAUCCUCCUUUUGAAUGUUUUCUCUUCUUGUUUUGUCAUUCCCCAGGUGAGCUCCCCCCUCACCCAGCUCUCUCUGCACCCGUCUCCUCAGCACCCAUCCAACAUCACUCAGUUCUCUCAGCCUCUCUCCAACGUUAAAGAGGAGACCCAGAGCUCCUGCAGCCUCUCCAGGCCUUCGCCCUCCUCCUCUCAGCCUCCAGAGCCUCAGCCCGGAGUCGCCAUGGACACCAUGGACAAGGACCAGAUGCUGCAGGAGAAAGACAAACAGAUUGAGGAGCUGACCAGGAUGCUGCGGCAGAAGCAGAGGCUGGUUGAGACGCUGAGGUCGCAGCUGGAGCAGGGCAAGAUGGUGGGUGGGAUUGUAUUGGCAGAUGUGGACAAAAGCAAAAAGUUCCCAGAGGUCAGACUUCAGACUCUGAUAAAAGCCUCUGCCAUCCAGCCCCCUGUUCUGCCCAACGGCAUCGUGGUGAAGGUGAAGAAGGAAGAGGAACCUGAGGAGGGGAUGGAAGGAGUGACGGAGGAAGCUCAGGCGAAGAAGCCGGAGCAGCCGACGCAGUGCUCUCAGGAGACGAUUGUCAAGCUGCAGCAGAUCCAUCGACUGCAAGUCCAACAGGCGGAGCAGCAGAAACAGACGCUGCAGCAGAGUCCAACUCAGAAAGCAGCAGAGGCGAAGCCAAUCUCGCAGAAACUACAGCAGCAAAAGAAAGAAGCUCAAAUCCUGCUCCAUCAGCAGCAGCAACUGCAGCAGCUCAUCAUCCAGCAGACCCAGCAGAAACAGCUGCAGGCCCAGCAGAAGUUAGCGCAGCAGAAGCUAGCCCAGCAGAAACUCACUCAACAGAAACUGCUGCAGCAGAACCAGCUCAAACAAAGCCAAGGGCAGGUCCACCUGAACCAGCAGAAGAACCAAGUCCAGCUGAAGCAGGUUCAGGUGCAGAUCCAAAAGCCUGCGGUGACGGCGCAGCAGAGGAAGCAGCUGAGGGCGCAGCAGAGGCAGCAGCAGAGGCAGCAGACAGCAGCUGUCACCACACAGCAGGUGAGUCAUCCCAGCAGCAGCAGCAGAUUAUAAAGAUUGAGAUGAUGAUGACCUCAAAGUUAGUUUUUUGUUCACAAAGAGAUCCAAACAUCCCUGAAAUAAACUCAUAUUUUUGAUUCUGUGUCCAGGUGACCCCAGUCGUCAUCAACCAACAGAACGGCACUCAGAUCCACACUCAGGCCAUUUCAUUAGACCUCCUCAAGGCCAAUGGAGCGCCCACACUCGUCACCGACAGCAACGGCAACCAUUACCUGAUCGCCCUUACCAGUAACACCACAGACGGACAGAAUGGAGUGUCCUCAUUGGCCAAAACCAACGGACGCAUCACACUGCAGGUACAGCCAAACUGACAUUCUUUACUGGACCACAAGGGUUUUUUUUUUUUUAUAUUAUGAUCUGAAAUAUUCAUGUUUUCAACUGGUGGUCUUCAUUUAGAGAUUGCAGUCGACUCCAAGUAAACUACCCAGCACUGAGAGCCAAUCAAAAGAGCAGCCAGCAGCCCAGCCUGCGAGCCAGCCAAUCAAAAAGGUAAAACACAAACAAAUCAUUAUGGGGGAUCAGGGCCUUUUCUCUGACUCUGUUUGUUGAAUGUUUACGUGGACCAGUUCCUAUAAGAAGAGAAAAAUGUCAUAACGAACAGCCAAAGCCAGUUGAAACCAGAAGUUUAGAUACACUAUAUGACAUGACAUGAUAACAUCAUCUGGGCUUUCCCAAGUUGUUUGAAGACAGUCAUUUUAGUGUAUGUAAACUUCUGACUCUCAAAAAAUUUGUAAAAAAAUUGUCUAAAAAAUUCUCUCUCUCGUUAUUCUGGCAUUGAGCAAAUAAAAAUAAUUUUGGUAAUCCUAAUUGACCAAAAACAGGAGAAGUUUAAUCAGAUUUUUUAUAGAAUGUAUGUAAACUUCUGGUUUCAACUGUAUAUUGAGGGACCCCGGUGUAGUUCCAGUGUAAUCACAGUUUCUGCCUUCACUGCUGCAGACACUGAUCAUUUGUUUUUGUGUGUAGAAAGUGUAACAUGACACAGUUACCGCCCUCUUUCAUAUGAGUGAGCACAAGCUGUGAAGCAGAACGUUUUAGAGUGAACAGAAAAGUUCAUAACCAGUUUUUCUAGAUCGGAUAUAUUUAGCUGGAACUUUAGACUUCAUCCAACAAGGCUUCUCAAAGAAAGCCUAAAGGAUAUGUUGAGCUCAGAACUAAAUAGUAUACAUCUCUGAACUCUGAGGAUGUGCUGUGGUAUCUGGCACAAAGGUGUGAGCAGCAGCAGGUCUGUUAGGGUCCUGUACAUGGAGGGACUCUUAUGCUGCUUUAAUGUAUACAGCUAAAAACAUAUGUAGAGACGUAUUAAGUGUAAAAGUAGCAUUUUAAAUAAGUGACUUUUAAAGUUUUCUUGUCUAACAGUGCCUUCCUGUAAGUGUUAUGUCUUUCUACCACAAGGUGUCGCCACAAACCCAGUCACCACAGAGCCUGAAGUAGUCUAUCAUAGUUCAGUGUUCAUCAGACUAAAGUGUCUUUGCUCCUCUCUCUGUGCUCAGGGACAGAAGGCGGGGCUUCACCUGGACACCAAUGGCGUCCCACAGCCCAGCCUGUCAGUCACCGCUCCGCCCAACCUGCAGCCUUUCUUCGACGACGUGUCUGACAGCGAGAGCCAAAGCAGCUUAAUCUCGUCUCUGAAGGUAAAAGCCACAUCCUGUCCCUCCUCCUCCUCCUCCUCCUCCCCCUGCUGCUUCUACUGCUUCAUGUUCUCCAUGUGUUGUAAACUUCAUUAACUUUUUUUUUUCUCCCUUUUUUUUCUGUUUUUCUUUUACAUCCCAUCUCUUCAUCACUCCACCCGGGCAGAGAGAGGAGGUGUGUCCGCCAUAUGAUCGGCACACACUGUUCACCCCUCCCUCUCCCAAACCCAACACCUCCCUUCCUGCUCAACGCUCCAAAGUAUGUCCCCCAGCUCUUCGUCUCUUCUGUUCCAUGUUUUCUGCAGUUUGUUGUGUUUCUGCCCGUCUCCCAUCUCAGCAUCUCACUCUGAGCUCUUUGCUUUUCUUACCAAACUAAAGGCGGCUGGAAAGUUUGAGCCAAGAUUGCUGUGGAGUUCAUUUAGAUCUACUACUUUAAUUUGUGGUUUCAUUAUUUAUGUAACGGGUUAUUUUUUAAAUAGACUUCUUUGAAACUGUCCUCUAAUGCUUCUGCUUAACCUCAGAGUUUCAUAAAGUUCAGAGGUGAGAUAUCUGAGCGUACAUGUCUGCAGAGACUGACUAACUGUCCUUCUGACAGAAUCGCACUUGUUGCUGAAACCACACACGGUGCUCAAAUGUGUGGAAACUUUAAAAAAGCUUUUGUAUGUCCCCCUUUAGUGACUCAAAACUAAACCUAUUAUGAUGCUGUUUGCAUGUACACGGUUAAAGUGCAAAAAUAUCAGAUCUACAUUUUUCUUUUUCUAUACUUUAUUCAUGAAAAGUUUUGAGGAAAACAAGUUAAUGCUGCGCCAUAAACCGUAAACCUUGCAUUUUAUUUUAUAGCCAGCAGAGGGCUUCGGCACUGCAAAAAGAACAUUGUUUAUCUUCAGAUACAUCAGACAUCGAUGGAUGGACAUGAUUUCAAUCGCUAGUUUAAAGUUUUCUUCAAUUCAGCAUGACCUCUGACAUUUUGAGGGGAAUAUACAAUAAAGCAGAGCACACCAUCAUUAGCUUCUUCUUAACACGUCUCCAUAACCCAAACCAUGAUCGAGAUUUUGCUUGUUCUAACUUGCCUCUUUUCCAAAUUACCUAACGGUCACCUCUGCCUCCAACAAACAAACAAAACAUUCAAAAUACUGAACUCAAGGUUUCAAAGCAGAAAUCCUCAACGCCAUGACACAGCAAAACCAGUUAAUUUAAGAUGUAACAUAUUAAAGUGCAGGUUUUCACUGUGGUGGUAAUUUGAAGCUUGUAUUUCCAUGUCUAAUUGUAGACUGACUAAUGACACGCUCUCUCCUCUGUUAGCAGGAAAAUGGCGUGAACAGCCAGCAGAUGGACGACCUGUUUGACAUCCUGCUGAAGAGUGGAGGUAAUCAUCUCUGUUAUGAAACAUUAAAGGCACAGUGAGGAGUUUUCAUUUCCUGUUGAUUCUGGUGAUCACUUAAGACACAAUCUGUACUUCCAAGAUGAAGACUGCAUAUCCCAUGAGCACUAACGUCUAGAUGUGUGCUUCUGCUGUUGUUCCUUCUUCUCUGUUUUAACGUUUCUCCUUCUGUGUCCUCCUUCAGAAAUCCCUGGAUUCAAAUCCAACCCGGACCCUUCCCUCACCCCACUCUCUGACCCACCCUCCCCAGCUUCUCCCCCAUCUCCUCUCCACCUUUCCCCUCCCACCCCCACACAGCCCCUGAUCUCCCCUCAGCCCUCUGUGUCUGAGUCCUGCUCAAGCAGCGGCCGCCUGGAGGACUUCCUAGAGAGCACCACAGGCACCCCGCUGCUGGGUGUGGAGCCCGACAGCGGCCUCACACUGAUAGACGAACUCCAUAACCAGAUGCUGAGCACACCCAGCAUCCUGGACCACCCCCCUUCCCCCAUGGACACAUCCGACCUGGGCUUCUCCCCUCACUCUACGGGGCUGGACUUUGGUGACCCCACCUUAGACAGCAUGGACUGGCUGGAUAUCUCCAUGGUGGGAAGCGGCAGCGGAGGGAGUGGGGGCGGCGGAGGGGGGAGAGGAGGGAGCGGAGGAAGGGUAGGGGGUGACGGAGACGGGGGAACAAGCCUGGUCCCGCUGGCACCACACACUCCACCCAGCGUCUUUUCUGCUGACUUUCUGGACAGCACGGACCUGCAGCUGCACUGGGAGUCGUGUCUGUAGCCCUGAGUGCGGACUGUCAGGCGCUCGCUCACACUGUGUACAGGCUGCGUCUUUAUUUCAUGCACAUACUGAAACCUUUUCUAUGCUGUCUCUACCACUGCGGGGGUCACUGGCACAUGCAAACGCACACAUUUAUACGGUUUGCCCUGUCUUUUACUGGCUGUUACUGACUGCAGGAUGAGGUGAAAUGAGAGAGAAACAUAGAUAUUUGAUUCAUAGAGAGGACUUGAACCUGUUGGGACUGAAGUGGACUUUCUGAAACUGAAUUCUAUGCGGAUCCAACCAGGAGGCAGUUACAUCCAAGCUGGUUAAAUCCUCUUUCCUUUUUCCUGAGCUGCAUUUUUAGCAGGUUAAAGUGAACCAGCAGCAGAACUGUAGGUCACUGUAAUGAAACAUUUUAACUUAAAAAAAACGGUUUGACAGAUUAGAGCUGAGCCCAGACCGUCAGUGACGAUCACUCAUGCUCCUCCUGAUAUCAGAGUGUGUGUGUCAGUGCCUCCUAAACUUUGCACUUAUGCUGAAUCUGAUUGGUUUAAAGGGGGGCGUUCAGGUUACAAUCUUAAAGCCACCGGGCGAGAGGAAGUGAGAGUCGUCAUCUGUUUCCUUGAUUAGCUGACUGUUUUGGGGGGAGAAAAGAGAGACAGCUGUCAAAGACCUCAUCACCUCGCCACGGCAACCUGAACCCCACCCUCACUAGUCAAAAACACAACCAUGGAUGGUUGACGGUUGCUCUUGAGAUGAACCAUAUCAUUGGCAACAGUUUGAAUUGAAGCCUCAUUGGAGGUUGCGUAUUAUUGGUAACAUUAUGGUAGACCACUAUGUAUUGCUGUAUAUGGGGUGUAUAUUAUCAAUUGUCCAUAUGACUAUUUUCUUUGCUGGUUGCUUUAGAGUCGAGCUAGCCGGCUGGGGAACAUAGGGUGAGGGCGGGGCUUCCAAAAGACUUGGACCUUGUCAUUUUUUAAAGAAAAAAAAGUUGGAAAAAAAAAAAUAAACAAUUAUAAAAAGUCUAAAAA